GAAGAUCUUGCAUUACUUCCUAAAAGGUUUGUAUUCUCUGGGGAGGAAGGAGUGUCUCCCUCGACAAUAUCUUCCUCUGUAUGCACAAGAUUAAAGACAUACAGAAAUGAAAUCUCCGAAUUAGGUGCUCCUGUUUGACCCAGCCAACUUAAUUUUUUUCUGGAAUAGAGAAGGGGAAUUUUUCUGUGAUGAAAUGAAAAUCCUCUUCAGAUAUCAGAGAUCUGAUGAAUGAUUAACUUAGAGAAAUUUUGCUAGCAAAUUCCAUUUACAGAGUUGCAGGCAACCAGAACACCAAAAGGCUUGUCUUCCCAUCAGUCUCAGCUGCUCAGGGCAAACAUGAAUCUUCUUGGUAUUUUCUUAUUUCUGGCCUUUUGUGGAAGAGGUUUGACUCAGGAGCAAACGUAAGUAAGGGUUGCUUGUGUCUGUUGUUGUGUUAAAAUGGGGCAGAUGCAGAAUGGGGCUGUCGGGUUGCUAACUAUGACAAGAUUGCAAAGAAUUCUCCAAGAGUAUUGCUGGAUUCCAUUUACUAUUGCUGAUGCAAAAGUGGUGCUUUUGAUUUUGGAAGCCUUAGGUAAUAUGGACCCUUUGCACUUCAAAAAGCCUCUUCUUCCAUAGCUUUGUACUGAUAGUAUAAGGCCAACAGUAGGUGGUCAGACGCGGGUGGCGCUGUGGGUUAAACCACAGAGCCUAGGACUUGCUGAUCAGAAAGUCGGCGGUUCGAAUCUCCAUGACGGGGUGAGCUCCAGUUGCUCGGUCCCUGCUCCUGCCCACCUAGCAGUUCGAAAGCACAUCAAAGUGCAAGUAGAUAAAUAGGUACCACUCUAGCGGGAAGGUAAACGGCAUUUCCGUGCGCUGCUCUGGUUCACCAGAAGCGGCUUAGUCAUGCUGGCCACAUGACCCGGAAGCUGUACGCCGGCUCCCUCAGCCAAUAAAGCGAGAUGAGCACUGCAACCCCAGAGUCGGUCACGACUGGACCUAAUGGUUAGGGGUCCCUUUACCUUUACCUUUAGGUGGUCAGAGCCAAUGGUUGAAAGCAACAAGGCAGGCAGAUGGGGGCUGGCUGAGAACAGGCUGAAGGUAGUGCGGCAGUACCCCAUUUGUCCUUAUGCACUAGUCUCCGCUGCUGCUGCUGGCAUCACCUGAGACCCUGCCUCAGGUAAGCAGCACCUGCCUCAGGUAAGCAGCACCACCCUCAUUCCUGAGCUCCUUGCCCAAAUAUGUCCACCAACUAGCCUGUCAUGGUACAAAAAGGCAUUUGGAGAUGUGACGCUCAAAUUAUAUGCAGUGCUGAGUCCUGGGUAGUUUACUCCUUGCUUGUUUUCUCUUCAGCUGCUUUCUCAUCAGACCCCCCUCUCCCUCUCAAGAUGCUUCCCCUCCCAGCAGGGGAACAACUAUAGGGUCUUGUUUUUUUUCCAGAGGUGGAGAAUCUUUUUGCCCACACAGGGCCACAUAUCCUCAUGAGCAACCUUCUGGGUGUCAGAGGCAGAAAAGUGGAUGGAGUAAUAUAUGCAAUGCUUAUGUUUAUACUAUUGUUUGUUUGUUUUAUUUAAUUAUUAAUUAAUUUGUAUUCUACCCUUCCUCCCAAAAGAAGCCAGGCUGGCAAACACAUACACAACUUAAAACAAAGACAGAAAUAAUUUAAAAUAGUUAAAACAUUUUAAAAACAAUUAUAAUUUAAAACAUCUAAAAGCAGUUUACAGUAACAAACAUUCUCCGAAAUAGUGUUUCCAGGGUUGCCAGGAUCAGGAUUAUUUGGUUUGCAAUUCCCUGGGUGAACAGCAAUGUUUUCAAACUCCUCCUGAAAGUUAUUAAUGAUGGAGACAGAUGCACCUCAUCAGGGAGAGCAGACUACAAAUGGGGGGUGGGCCACCACAGAAAAGGCCUGUCAGGGAUCAGGGCCAACCAGAAAAGGCCUGUCAGGGAUCAGGGCCAACCAAUAAGGCCACACCUGCGAAUUGUAGGAUUUGAGAUAGUUGGUAGAGGGGAAGUCACCCUUUUAAGUAUUUGGGUCCCAAGCCAAUUAGGGUUUUAGAGCUCCCAUUGCUUGGUCCCAGCUCCUGCCCACCUAGCAGUUCGAAAGCACGUCAAAGUGCAAGUAGAUAAAUAGGUACUGCUCCGGCGGGAAGGUAAACGGCAUUUCCAUGUGCUGCUCUGGUUCGCCAGAAGCGGCUUAGUCAUGCUGGCCACAUGACCCGGAAGCUGUAUGCAGACAAACGCCGGCUCCCUCAGCCAAUAAAGCGAGAUGAGCACCGCAACCCCAGAGUCGGUCACGACUGGACCUAAUGGUCAGGGAUCCCUUUACCUUUACCUUUAUCUAAGCGAUGUACAAGCUCAAAACUGAGUUCAAAAUGUACAAGCUCAAAACUGCGGACAAAUGCCAGCUCCCUCAGCCUAUAGAGUAAGAUGAGCGCACAACCCCAGAGUCGUCUAUGACUGGAUGUAAUGGUCAGGGAUACCUUUACCUUUAACUAACACCUUGCAUUGUGCCUGGUAGCUCAUGCGCAGCCAGUGCAGUGCAUUCAGGACAGUGUCACGUGGUCCCAUAAGGCUGCUCCACUUAUCAAUCUAGCAUCUGCAUUCUGCAGUAGCUGCAGUCUCUGGACCAUCUUUAAGGGCAGCACCACAUAGUCCAAGUGGGAGUUCACAGGAGUAUGGACAACUGACCCUGGGCAUAAGCACUCUUAACUGCAGAAGCAAUUUGAGAAUUGAGUGGCAGCUGGAAUCCAAGAGCAGCCUCAGACCACAACCCUGAUUCUCCAGGGGUGAUUCAAUCCCUCCCUACAUUCCAGGCUACAUUGCAGCAAGAUGAAACUCAGAUCUUCACGCAGGCAAGCAAACUAGGCUGUGCCAACGCCAUAUCUUUAAAGCACCGCCCCCCCGAAAAACCCCAUGGGAAGUGUACUUUACCCCCUUCAAAGCUACAGUUUCCUGCACCCAUAACAAACAACGGUUCACAGGAUUCUUUUUUUUGGGGGGUGUGUGUAUGUGCUUUUAAAGGUAUGGUGCAUACUGAACCACAAAGGCAUUGUUGCAGCUGAAGUCAAUUAAAUGCAUGGAGCAAUGCCAGUCAUGGCCUAGGGAGAAGGCGUGACCUGGAUAGUGUCGCAAGGGCCAGAUAGAGUGGUCUGGAGGGGCCACAUCCAUCCCUAAGGCCUGAAGUUCCCCAUCUCUACCACAUCUGGGGCUGGGAAAAACAGUAGCUGGAGGGAAAAUAGUUAAGAACCCAUCUGCACAAUAUGUUCUCCUUUCUUGGGGGGGGGGGGGGAGUUGCUUCAGUCAGCCUUCACAGUUAUGUUCCUCUUCCUUUUAACCAACCUCAGGCAGGGGAAACCUGCACAGGACUCUAUGUCACUUGUAUUUUCAGCUGUGUUUUCAGAUACUCUUUCGAUCCCCCUGUGACAUUUUAAUAUUGCUGUCAGACUGGUUCUGUUUGUCUUAUUUAUUUAAAUGAUUACGGGCUGACAGUGUUGUUUACGUGAUUUGUGUAAUUCACCUUGAGGGCUCCUUUCAUGCCAAAAGCCAGGUAAGAAAGAAUAAUAAAGAGGAUAAGGUCAGAUACACAGUGGCAGCCAGCCAGCCAGGGUAAGAUCAGGAAGACGAUAUGCUGAUUGCAAUAUGCUGACUUAUCUGACAACCCUCAUGGAAACAAUGGCCAUGUGAUUUUGGGCAGGAAUUCAGCCCUGCAAAGCCUGCAGCACUUAAGGAUAUGAGGCACCUUAUUUCCAAUAUUUCUUUCUGGUUGUGGAUAUUCAGGUUUGGUGCAAGUACAUUUUGGUGAGAGAACCCCAGCAGAGAUCUGAAAUCACAAAAUAUGCAGCAAAGUAAAGUAUGGAAAUAUAGGCUGUAAGACCUUUAAAAUAUGCACUUCAAAUUGAGUUCCAAAGGUUCCCUAUUCCCCUAGCAUUGAAAAAAAAAAAAAGACUACAUGUUUGAUAAGUUUAAAAAUGUGCUUUCCUUUCUUUUUUCAUAAUUAUUUUUAUUAAAGUUUUCACAAUACAAUAAAACAAUAUCUAGAGCAGAUAGAAUUGAAAAGACAUGAGAGGAGAGAGAGAAAUGGGAAAAGAAAACAAAAGGAAAAAAGGAAGGAAGGAAGGAAGGAAGGAAGGAAGGGGGAGAGAACAGAGAGAUAAGAAACAUUAGAGAUAAAGAGAGGUGGUUCACUAUCAUGUUGUGCAGGCAUGGCAACUCUAGGGGGCAACUCAGCACCACCGAUGACUUCCUUUAGCACCACAUUUCCCAGGCACAGGUCUGUGUCUCAGUGGUUUUUCUUUUGUCCUGCAACUUUCCUCAGGAAAACUCACAUUUCACCAUUCAGCAGUAAAACACAGUUUCGCCUGGGGAAAGCGGGGAAGCUUGGAUACAGAGCUUUAAAGUCCAGCACAAAAGGCAGUCUGGAUGAGCCCUAAGUGGGGCAGUCUGCCCUCUCUUCCGAGCUACAGCUUAGGGUUGGCGUGCCAUCCCUGAAGAACCUUUACAAUGAUCUCCUUGCUAUGGAUCCAGCCUAAUGCCCUUUGUUGUAGGAUCAGAAUAGCGGUUGGGAAGGCACAACCUGAACCACCUUAAAUAGCUCAGUUGUGGAGCAGAUUUCCUGUAGCAGUUGUGAGCGUGGUUUUAUUUUGAGAGUAUUUUCUCAGCUGCUAUAAAGUGAGAUGUGAAUAAACUCAGUGCAGAAGUGAAUACGUAUAACUAGGAUUGCCACCUUUUCAACUUGCCUGCAUAACUGCGCCUCUAUUAGCAGUGGUGGCUGGCAGCAUUUGGGAUGGAAGGCCUGUGCCCUGCUUGCUCUAAAGUCACCAUAGUCAGUUCGGGUUUCUCUAGGGGAGCCAGAAGUUCUUACCUACCCCAAUUCAGUAACUAAUAGAUGCAGAAGAAGAAAAAAGUACUUGAGGGGUUAUUUACAAGGAUGUGGUGAAGUAUUACCUGCCUGGAGAAGAACAGGAAGAGGCAGUUCUGAGAAAAAAGGUGUUCUUAUAGGGUUUGGUCAGUUUGUUUUAAAUAUGGAAACUGAGCACAGUUUAUCCUUAUAUAAACGGAGUACAUGGGCCCCCUGCUGUUGACUGUCAUUUAAGUGCUUAAUAAACCUACCCCACCCCCAUUUUUCAGACAGUACUUUAUCAGCUUUCCUUGGAAUCCAUAAAAAAAAUAAAAUGAUGCCCCUUUCUCUUACAGUUAUGUCGUUUCUUCACCCAAAAUGUUCCGCGUUGGGGCCUCUGAGAUGGUGGUGAUUCAAGCCUUUGGAUAUGAACAAGAGUUUCCAGUCACAGUAUCUGUGAAAAGCUUCCCAGAUAAGCAAACUACUUUCGCCUCUGGUCGUGUUCAGUUAACACCUGCCAAUAAGUUUCAAGGAGCUGUAACGUUAACGGUAUGUAGUACAGCAUUUCUGAUACAUGUGUGUGCUUGGUUUAUAACAAUGGUGGGGAACUUCAGGCCCUCCAGGCCUCUCUAUGUGGCCUUCAGAACUCCCCACAGACCUUACCCACCACUGGCCCUGCUUUGUACUUUAAAGCGUUUUUGUCUGGCUUGAAUGUGUCUUUGAACUAUAAUAAUGCCUCUUGCUUGCCUGGUUGGAGGACAAAGUAGGGUUAUUAGUGUAUAGAAAGUCACCUACUGUACAAAAAUACAUCCAUUCACUUUUGCCUCUGGUCAUGCCCACCAUUGCAGGGGGUGGCCCAUCCCAUAGAUUCAUAGCUAACUGGGAAUUUGAACCCUGGUCUCCUAGGUCCUGGUGUUAUGUAUUGAAGUUCUCACCCUGGCCACCAGGAGUAUCGUGUAUAUAGUUUUCACUCAGGUCCACGUCAGUUAUUUUAGGCGGGAAACCCUGGGUUGUUGUUGCUACAAUGUUGACAGCCGGCUGCCUAUAAAAGCAGACCGGCUGAGCUGUUUGCUGUUCAGUUCUGUUCCAGCUUGCAAAUAAAGAGCUGCUUUGCAGAAAUCGCUGUGUCGUCUGCUAUGUCUACCCACUAUUUAACACCUAGUACAUCAACCUAAUCAUAAGUCCAUACUAGCUCUCUUGUACUCUUUUAAUUAUUUUUUGUUCGUAUUUUUGAUUACAUGUGCUUGCAUGUGUAUUUAAUAUAGUUUAUUUAUGUUCGUGUGAAGGCUUUGCCCAAAAACAUUUUAAAAUGUUUAAAUAAAUAAAUCAUGACUUAACAUAUGCAGGGCAGUACCCUUGCAACCACAAAAUGCUAUCUGUCACUGUUUUCCUCCAAUGGGUUACUCUGGCAUGCAUGUUUUUAAAACUAUUCUCUAUCACAUUUCUAGAUUCAGCCAAAAGAUUUGUCAAGCAGAGACCCAAAGAAUUCAAUUGGGCAUGUGUAUUUGGAAGCCAUUUCUCCACACUUUACAAGAGAGAAGAAAAUGCCUAUUACAUAUGAGAAUGGUUUUCUCUUUAUUCAGACUGACAAACCUGUUUACACCCCGGAUCAGUCAGGUAAAGUCAGCUUUCCUUUUGCUAAACACUUGGUGGCAAUUCACAUUAUCCUGAUCUUGUUUUAUUUAAAAGUCCCAAACAUUUUUAACCUAUAGCACUGAAUCAAUUAAUAAUUCAACUUGUGGUCUUCCAAACUUCUUGUGUGUGUUCUGCUAUGUGUCAUUGACACAAUAGCACAAUAAUAGUGCAGUAGUAGUAGGUCUCUGUUGCAGAAAAGCAAAUACUGUAAAUUCCCUCUCUUGAGUUUGUAGUUACUGCAUGUGUUACUUUAAACCACACAAGACACUGUUUGUCCAGUGAUCUAGCCAAUGAUCUCUGUCAAAGUUAAUUCCACUCCUACAAGCUUAGCUAUUUUGUUGUUUCUUCCAACUUAUUGAGACAAGAUGUCAGCUACUUUCUCUCUUGCAUCUCCUCUCAUCCUGUAAGUCGUUCCAACAUGAAUAUAUCCUUUGAACUCCAGAAACUGCAAGUGAUUAUUCCAAUAUAAUUCAUCCAAGCUACAAGGUCUGCUAACAGUCCCAUAUUGUGGCCAUUUCCUCCUUAUUAGCCUUCCACCAGCAGGCUAAAACCUUCCUAUUGAGAUAAUUGCUGGUUCUAAAUGUGUUUUGAUGUAUUUUAACUAUUGCAUUUAACUUUCUUUCUUUCUUUCUUUAAUUGAUGUUUUUAAAUUUUGGAAGUUGCCUUGAAUCUCAUCUUGGGGGUAAGGCAAGAUAUAAAUAAAAAAAUAGAAUCCACACACAGAAAUGCAAAGCUUAUGCAUGGUGACGUCCUGCUACUUAGGUGAUACCUAAGUGUGCAUCCUGACUCCCCACCCCCCGAAAAUGACAUGAGUGUAAUCUGUCUGGUGAUUAAUUAUAGUUAACAUUGGUUGCUGUUGAUUGCCAUUGCACUGCUGCUGUGGCUGUGUGUGUUUCUUUUGCUAUUGGUUGAUGGUUUUCUUGUGCUUAUGAUUUUGUUGGUAGCUGCCUUGGGAGGCCCUAAUGGGACUGAAAGUGAGGGAAAGAUUUCCUUAUAAAUAAAGUAAGUUAAAUAAGCAUUUUUACAUUACAGUGAAGGUCAGGGUCUAUUCUUUGAAUGAAGAACUGAAGCCAGCACAAAGAUCUGCCACCUUAACAUUUGUGGUGAGUCUAACAUGCAGCUAGACACAUUUUGUGCCAUAUCAAAAAAUAUUAAUUUUUGCAGUGUGAAAUUAGCUUUUGUGCACUUGUGCAUAUGAGAUUUAUUAAGGAGCUAGGCAGCUUAUUUUUAAAAGGGGCAGAUGAGAAAAAAUGAAAAAGAAGAAGAAGAUGGUGAAACCAGUCCUCUUGAAGUAUUUGUAAACUUUUAUUAAUAUUGUAUUAUGGAACUAAUUACUUGACUAGUCAAAGGAGUUUAUUGACUUAUAUUGAACUCUAAAGCAUAUAUGUAGGUGUAUGAUUGUUAUAAUUAGAAAACAAGCAGAAUAUCAUGCAGUUAUGCCAUAGUGCAUGUAAAAAACUCUUUCCUCACAUUAUCCUGUGCACAUGUGAAAAAUUCUUCUAUUUCGAACUGAGGCAGGGCUCAGCUUCAUAAUUAUGCCAUGUUGAGUAUGCGAGUGAUUUUAGCAGGCACUAACAAGCGUAUGGGGAAGGUGCCUGCUUGAUUUCAAUAGGCAGGGAGUUCCAAAGUACAGGCACUGCCACACUUUGUCGUUCAAAGCAGUCAAAGAGCACCAGGAAUAGUAAGGAACACCAGGUGUCCUUAUGUGGCCUGGAAUAAUCAUUUCCGCCAAGAACUUGAAUUAGCAGCUUUCACUGAGCAGCUAGGGGAAUGCUCAAGCUCUUGAUGGAAUAUAAUUGUGGUCUUUCGUUGCUUCAUUACAGUCACACCUUGCAUUGAAAGCACAUGGCUCACCCCAAAGCAUCUUGGGAACUGUAGUUUGUUAAGGGUGCUGGGAGCUGCAGCUCUUGUAAUAGGUAAGUUACAGUUCCCAGAUUCCUUUGUGGGAAGCCAUGUGCUUUAAAGUUCAUUACAGAUAGUUUAAACAUAUGGUGUGGGUGUGAUAGCCUUGUCCAGUUCAAAAAUAUCCUAAGUUGGAGAUAAUUCAUUUAAAAAAUUGGUAAAAAGAUUCAAAAGAGCAUACAGCCUUUGUGGAUUUCUGUACCUGAUUAUCCUAAGACAUAUAUGCUAUCUUACUCAUUUGGAUAAUUAACAUUGUGCCAUAGCUGUAAAAGCUGUUUUUAUUUUCUGUAAAGGAUCCUGAUGGAGUAGAAGUGGAUAUUAUCGAAGAAGAGGACGUCACUGGGAUUUUAUCUUUCCCUGACUUCAAAAUCCCACCAUAUCCUAAGUAGAUCUGUUCAUAUUUUAAAUGUUAUGGGUUGAAUGAAACCUUUCCUUUAUUUAGUAUGAGGGAUGUGUGCUCAGUCAGCUUUAAAGUCUUUUUUAUAUAGCCUGAAUAUAGUGGAUUGACCAGGACUUAUCCCAUGGUGCAGCGAAUAUUUGUCACUACUGUCAAAUAAUUUUGGAGCCUUGACAUGGUGGAGGGGGGGUGGGGGUUUCAGUAUCAUUUUACAAAUCCAUUCAUUAGAUAAAACCUCUCAAAACUGGAGACCAAAUAUUGAGCGGAAGGGAAAGGAAGAAGGCUUGUCUCCACUAGUGGUUGAUAUGAUGGGGCAGAGGCACUUAUCUGACCACCUGACAGGUGAGUUGCUGCUCAUUUCUGGAGGGUGAGGGGUGAGGUGGUGACAAGCUCAGCAUGGUGCAAACACGAUGGCUGAGCCCAUCCAGCACUCCUGUUGAUACUUCUGCACCCUAAAACCCUCCUGACUGCCUUACUCCAUCCCAUCCCAAAAUUAUUAUGAUUAAUAAUUUUAUUAUUUAUACCCUGCCCAUCUGGCUGGGUUUCCCCAGCCACUCAGGGCAGCUUACAGCAUAUAUAAAACAUAGUAAAACAUCAAACAUUAACAACAUCCUGAUACAGGGCUGCCUUCAAGGGCUCCCAGUAAGAGACAGUGAUCCACCUGCUGGACUGUCAGGCAGGGGUGGACUUUGGUCUUUCAAAUCUCAGCAGCACCCUCUGCAAGUCCAGAAUUCGAUGUUCUAUUGCCUCUUGCAUUCUGCUCAAUUCACGACAUCACCCACCCCCAGGCUCUGUACCCAGCGAGGCAGAACUGGUUAAAGGUAACCACCCCCCUGACCAUUAGGACCAGUCGUGGCCAACUCUGGGGUUGCGGCGCUCAACUCGCUUUAUUGGCCGAGGGAGCCGGUGUACAGCUUCUGGGUCAUGUGGCCAGCAUGACUAAGCCACUUUUGGCGAACCAGAGCAGCGCACGGAAACGCCGUUUAGCUUCCCGCCAGAGUGGUACCUAUUUAUCUACUUGCACUUUGACGUGCUUUCGAACUGCUAGGUUGGCAGGAGCAGGGACCGAGCAACGGGAGCUCUUCCCUAAAUCUGCCUCUGUGUUAGAUAAGGACUUCAGCCCCACCAUGACGUCUGCUGCUAGGCUUCUCUGUGGUAUAGGCUGAAUAAAUUUAGUUUCCUGGCUAUAAAAAUCCGCUUGUGGUGUGGUGAUGAGCAACAGUGGAAAUGCAAUUGUGGGGCAGGGGAGUUGGACCAUUUCUCCCAACAAAGUCCCAGCAAAAUCUCCCCUGAGCCAUUCUUUGCACUGCAAGGGGCUUCUGUCCAGUGUCCUGUUCUCUCAAUGGUAAACCAGAUGCCUAUGGGGAAACCAGGAAGCAGGACCCAAGCACAAGGACACUUUCCCCUCCUCUGGUUUCAAGAAAUGGUAUUCAGAAGCCCUGCUGCCUUCAGCUGUGGUGUUUACAGAGCAGAGGUUUCCAACCUUUUUGAGUCCAUGGCUCCCUUGACCAGCUACAUUCUUUCUGUGACGCACCAUAUGGGGAAACAUGCACGAGCCUCAGAUGCCCUGUUAUGUCACCCCUUGCCUGCAGAGCUGGCACCCCCUCAUUCCUUUUUGAACACCCUCCCUUGGGGAGUGUUCCCUCAGCCUCCUCCCUUCUUCUUGCCAGUCUUCCGGGCAGCUCCCGCAGCUGCUCCUGGUCUCUGAGCCAUGCCCCCUGCCCCAAAGAGAGGUGCCUCCUCACACUGACCCACUUUAUUCUGAGGCCACCUCAGCUCCUGGCAACCAGCACCCCCUGGCCAGCCCCAGAGGCACCAUUUGCCUGGGGAGCUUGUUGCUAGAGCCACUGUAAGCCUCUGGGAGACAGAGAAGCAAGAGGGCAUCAGAGGAGGGAGGGAAGGAAAGAGGGAUGGAGAUCCGUGUUGCUCGCAGCACACCUGACCAUCAUUCAAGGUGCCCCAGGGUGCUACGACACACUAGUUGAAAACCACUGAGAGCAUAGCUAUCAUGGCUAGUCGCCACUGAUAGGCCUCUCCUCUUAUGAAUUCGUUUAAUUCUUUUUAGAAGCCAUCUUGUUUGGUGGCCCUUACUACAAGUUCCAUAGUUUAACAAUGCAUAAAUAGCAGCUUCAGUGGAGAUUGUUCCAUUAGGGGAAUGGGAACAUCAGUCUACCUGCCCUUACCCUGCCUUACCUGUUUACCUUAAAAGUAAAGGUAAAGGGACCCCUGACCAUUAGGUCCAGUCGCGGACAACUCUGAGGUUGUGGCACUCAUCUCGCUUUACUGUCAACCAAUCCAGAGAACAGCAUUGUCUGUCAGCUCCCUCCUCCUUAGUGUUAUCCCUUGGGGAAUUCCACAUGGAGGAGGAUGGAGACAAAACUAGAAUUAGUUGACACAUUGGCUCUAGCGAUACCUACUUUUGCCCCCCCUUUCCAGCUGCUUUCCACCCUACCAGUCCCACAGAACAGUUUUAAGGGGAGGAACUUUGGUUGGAACUACAGCUGUGAGGAAAAUACAGUGGUACCUCAGGUUACAUAUGCUUCAGGUUACAUACGCUUCAGGUUACAGACUCUGCUAACCCAGAAAUAGUGCUUCAGGUUAAGAACUUUGCUUCAGGAUGAGAACAGAAAUCAUGCAGCAGUGGCACAGUGGCAGCAGGAAGCCCCAUUAGCUAAAGUGGUGCUUCAGGUUAAGAACAGUUUCAGGUUAAGUAUGGACCUCUGGAACGAAUUAAGUACUUAACCUGAGGUACCACUGUACUUUGAUUCUUCUUCCCUGACCACUGUGGUCUUCCUGGAACUCCAGCUCCACCUUGAUUGCUGUUUAGAUUUUUUUUAAAACCAUGCAUUUUAAUGUCACCUGUGCAGUUAACAUCACAUCACAUCUCGUUUGGCCCUUACAAAAUCCCUUAAAGAUACAAUAAAGGGGAUGUGCAGCACUCUCAAUGUACAGUGGUACCUCGGGUUAAGUACUUAAUUCGUUCCGGAGGUCCGUUCUUAACCUGAAACUGUUCUUAACCUGAAGCACCACUUUAGCUAAUGGGGCCUCCUGCUGCCGCCGCGCCACCAGAGCACGAUUUCUGUUCUCAUCCUGAAGCAAAGUUCUUAACUCGAGGUACUAUUUCUGGGUUAGAGGAGUCUGUAACCUGAAGCAUAUGUAACCUGAAGCGUAUGUAACCUGAGGUACCACUGUAUUUGAAAGGGUCAAAACAUGUUUCCCUUUAGCCCUCUAGGGGGUGCUGGAAAUUCAUUUUGUGUUUGAAAGCAAGGAGCAACAUAACUGGUUUCUUCCUUAAGGAAAAGAUGACAGCUCUGUUUUUUUAAUGCUGUUCGCCAGCCCUCUCUAAUCACAUGCUACAUUGCACUGUUUCAGUGUGGUGGCUCAGACUUGACUGACUGCAGUCAUAGAAUCAUAGAAUUGUUGUAAGCUUCAUUGUGUGGACCCUUCCAAGUCUCCCUAUUUUCCAGGAACGUCCCUGAUUUAGAGAAGCUGUCCUGGUUUCUGACUUGAUCCCGGAAUGUCCCGCUUUUCCUUAGGAUGUCCCUAUUUUCAUUGGAGAAAUGUUGGAGGGUAUGGAGUUAUCUGACCCCUGAGCCGUCUGAAGGCAAUCCUGUAUAGGGAGGUUUUUUUUUUUAAAAAAAAGUUUAAUGUUUUGUUAUUCUUUUAUAUAUGUUGGAAGCUGCCCAGAGUGGCUGGGGCAACCCAGUAGAAUGUGCGGGGUAUAAAUAGUAAAAUCAUUAUUCUGGAAUGGGAUGUCCCUAUUUUCAUCGGAGAAAUGUUGGAGGGUAUGAAUGGGCACGAUUUCCAAAAGAGAGAUACUAACAUUCACAGACCCCAUCUAUGCAUUCAUCUAUACAUUUAAAGCAGUUUCAAAGCACAUGACACAGUCAUUGCCUCCCCCCACAAAAUCCUGGGAACUGUAGUUUAUUCAGGGUGCUGAGACCGCUAUCCCCAUCAAACAGGUACAAUACUCAGAGUGAUUUAACUAUCAAUCUGUUCCCAGCUUUGAGAGGGGAUUGGGGUCUCCAAAGAACUCUCUCACACUUAACAACACCAAUGUGGUUCAGUGACUAGAUCAGGGUUGCUGAGGUUUUUAGGUCCCACAGCACAUUUAGAUUUUGGAGCGAGUGGUGUGGGUGCCACCCCCCUGGCAAACUUUUUGCUCCCCCAUUCUGCCUGCCAUUGCCCUUCCCCAAAACAAAAAGAAAUGAAAUGCAUGCACACAGACUACGUUUUCCAAGCAAUCAAUGCACAAGCCAGGUCCUGUAGAAUUAAUCCCAGUGCUGAAAAGCACACAGAGUUGAAAGAGGAAGUGGGCAAGAGAGUCACCCUUCUAAUUUCCUUCUUAAGCUCUGUGUAAAUUUCAAAGGAUUAAAAAAAAUAACUUUCACCAUCUCAAAGGAGCUGUGUCUCUCUGUGUGUGGUGAAUCAGGUUUUGUGAGUGCAAGGUGAAGACCUCAAGGCAGACCCUCCAAGUAUUCCUAUUUUUCAGGGACAGUCAUGGAUUUACAGAAGCCAUCAUCCCAGUUUCUGAUUUGAUCCCAGAAUGCCCUGCUUUUCCUUAGGAUGUCCUAAUUUUAAUCAGAGAAAUGUUGAAGGGUAUGGUAGGACUUCCCUAUUUUCAUCAGAGAAAUGUUGAAGGGUAUGACAAGGGUGUCGUAGGGCCCAUGGUAGGGUUGCCACUUUUGGUUGGGCAAAAUAAAGGACAGGUCAGGCAAAAUACGGGAUGGCUUGGGGGGCGGAAUUGGAGGCUAAAAAUUACUUGGUGCAGAAACGACUUCAAAGCAAUCCAUUACAAUGGCACACACAGUUAACAGCGGUUUAUUCAAUAGAAAAAGCAAAAAACAAAAGCACUAUAAUUUACAACUAUAAGAAAAAUAUUGCAUAUUACAUGCCAUAGUUGAGCUUUGUAAUGCUAAUUGGUUUGAUACAAACCAGCAUGAAACAUCACAGUUGCAUAGUGUUCAGCCCAAUCAAUUGCAAGCUAUUUGUAACCUCAAACAAUACUGGAAGGGAAUUAAGCAAAAUUAACAUCUUGCCAGUCAGCAAGUCAUUCUGUUUUGAGAAUAUAGUCUCUCUUUCUCUACUUCACCUUCCUUGUCUACUUUCUGUCACUUCUUGCUGCAUUAAGCAGUGGUUUGCCUUCAAAUAUAAUAGGGAAUGGAGUUGGGAUUUUGCCACAAGACAGGGAAACAUAUAGUUUGUUGGAGUUUUGGCACAUAGGGGCAUGGCAGGAAAAACACACUGGCUACUACACGCGCAGCAGAGCUCUGCUUGGUAAAACUUUGUAAAGCUAUUUGCUUAGAGGCAAGCCUGGAAGGAACUUCACAGUAACAAUUCCCCCAAUUUCUUGGAACCGAUCUGAAACCACAAACAUUUGUAAAACGUUACUGAAAGGAAAUAAAGCGAAAUUAACAUCUUCGUUUCUGUAGGUCACCCUCUGUCUGUGCAGUUUUGCAGAGGAGGAGGAACUAAAAUACAGAGAAAAAGGUGUUGAAGUCUGAAACAGCACAGAGGACACUUUUCUGCAAAAAGAAAAAGAAAAAGAAAAAGAAAAAGAAAAAGAAAAAGAAAAAGAAAAAUGCCCUAGCCUAGCCCAUGGGCACAACUUUAGUGGUUAGAGGCUUGACCAGGGAAACUGGGUCCAAAUUCCUGCUCAGCCAAGAAGUUCAGUGUGUGGCUUUAAGGCUCCCUUUCCCCAUUUUUUUUUUUUAAUUUCUCUUUCUCCCCAUAGAUUUGGUUAUUGGACAAUAAAAGCCAAGUAUCAAAAGGAUUUCACAACCUCCGCCAAAACAGGGUUUCAAGUUAAAGAAUAUGGUAAUGUGGAUAUUUAUAUAGAUACUAUAAAGCCAAUUCACUAAUUCUCUUUUUGGGGGAGGUAUAUUAUAAUAUUCUUUGAACUGGUAAUGAGUAAGAUGGACAUAUUUAUUUGUUAACUGUUUUUAGAUGUCCUUAGAUGUUUGUAAUGUUUUGUUUUGUUUUUAAUUGUAUUGUUUUGUUGCUCGUGGUUUGCUGCCCUAGGCUCCUUUGGCGGGGAGUGGGGGCAGGAAGAGUGGGAUAUAAAUUUAAUGAAUUUCAUCAGUGGAUUAAUUUCAUGAAUGGUUAAGCAGUUGAGGACUACCAUACCUAAUUAUCUGUUUAAAGUACUAAACGACUUGUGCCCCAAAUAUCUGAGAGACCACGUCCUUCCUUACAAUCCCUCUCAGGUGUUAAGAUCAGCAGAGGGAGCCAUCUUGGUAGUUCUGCUGCCCUCAGAAGUAUGGAGGUUGGUGGCCCAGAAGAGGGCCUUCUCUUGACAGCCCCUAAGGCAUGGAAUUCCCUCCACACAGAGAUAUAUUUGGCACCCUUGUUAUGUAGUUUCUGGUUUAUGCUGAAGUCAGACAUCUUCACUCUGGCCUUUAACACCGUAUAGAUAUACAAAUAUAUAGAUUAGCACCCACCUUAUCCCCUUGACUAUAAUGUGUUUCAAACUGUUUUCAUUAUGUAUUUUUUAAUUGCUGUAACCAGCCCUGGGUGAGUAAGAAAUCUAAUUAAUAAUAAGCUCAUUGGAAGCAUGUUCUACAAUUAUGCAAGGAAAACUUCCAGCUGGUUAUCAGCAUGGAGAGAACUGAGAGAGGACAUGAUAGCACCCAUUAGGACAUGAUAGCACCCACUGGGUGCUAUCUCUCCUAAUAUGCACAUUUUUAUAAGUAGAUUUGCCUGAUAUCCAGAUAUUUGAAAAGCAGCUUCCCGUAUUUUUAUAUGUUAUGUUCACUAAUGACUGCAUUAAUAAUAUGCAUACUUUACCCUAAUAUAUGCAUCUUUGUAUGCAUUACUUAAUUUGAGAACUGUGUUGCAAAAUUCAGAGUAGUGCCAGUUUUUGAAGGGUGAUUGUGCUUCAAUUCACAUAUUGUUUCAAAAAGUGAGAAUCAGGCAAGUUUGCUUCUAAAUUUGAACUGAAUCAAAUUUCUCCCCCUUUCCUGCUCUUAAGCAAGGAGCUGGUCUAAGCACAUGCCUCCAACUCUGGAAGGAGGUCUGGUGAAAACAGGUGCUAGCCCUAGCAGUGAAUGUUCUGCAGAAAUAGAUUUGAUCUCUUUUAUACAGUACUUAAAAGUAAAAGGGUUUAACUGAGCUUUCUUCCACUUCACAUUUCAAGCAUUGCCAAGCUUCUCUGUCAUGAUAGAACCAGAAAAGAAUUUUAUAAGCUCUCAGCAAUUUGAACAAUUCAGGAUCAUUAUUAAAGCGAGGUAAGGCGGGCUUGUGCAUAUUGCAUCCUUCUUGUUUGUCUUUGGGUUUGCUUUUUAAAAGCAAUUAUUUUUAAUGGGGAGGGGGGCGGGAUUUGCAAUGUGAGAGUCUUGUCUUGUAUCCUCUGCAAAGCUGUAGUGGAUUCUGGAAUGUUUUCUUCCUCUUAAUUGUUUGUACUCUUGUUUUCUGCUAUAAUUGGUUGAAGUUGUUUAUCUAACAAAAUGUACCGGUAUAUACCACGUAAUUGUAAAUAAAAGGUUAUGUUCAUCUAACUUCUACUUUGAGUGGACACAUUGAAAUUUCUAGAUCUAAGUUAGUAACGAGCAUUAAUUUCAGUGGGUCCUUUUUGAAUAGAACUAGCAAUGGAUACAACAUAAAACCUCUUAGCGGUUUACAUACAAUAUAAAAUAUACAUUAAAAUUGUCAAUAAAAAUCAAAGUUAAAGAGCUUACAAACCCCAAAAUAGAACUAUAAUGAAUCGUUAAAACAUACUGUAUAUUGAAGCUAAAAUUAUAGCUCAAAAUACAUGUUAAUCUAACUAAAUUCUACUCAGAGUAGACCCACUGAAAUUAAUCAACCUAAAUUACUCUUGCAGUUAAUUUCAGUGGGCCUACUCCAAGUAGGACUAAUGUGACAGAACCCAGCGCUUCUGAAAUUUCAUUCUUUACCUCAUUGUGAUACAUUUUUUAAACAAAGCAACAAAACCCUUCUUGUCUGAAAUAAAUCAGUUACUACUAUAAGUUUAGCUCAUAGUUUUCUGUGAAACAGUGUCAAUAACUGGUGGAGUGAUUUUGUUUUGAACUGUUUUUAAUAUUGUCUUUUAAAUUGUAGUAUCUCACCCUGUGGUGUUAUGAUAAAGGGUGGGUACUAAAUUGAAAUAUUAAUAAUAGUAGUAGUAGCAGCAAUAGCAAUAGUAGUGAUAAUAAUAAUAAUACUUUUACUUUGCUGUUAUUUUCAAGAUAUUUUUACAACAAGAGAUUGGCUAAUGCUCAAGUUUAUGUCCGUUUUGGAAUAAUUCAAGGAGCUGAAAAAAAGAUGCUUCCCAGAGCAUUGCAACGCAUUGAGGUAAGGUUGGAUCAAAAAUAAUUACAUCAGGCCUCCUGUCACAGUUCCCAGUGUAGCUUCUGAGGUUUAGAUCUGUCUCCAGGUUUACCCUGACAGUUACUGAGUGUCAGCAUUCCAAUUUUAAACUAGUACUAUCAAGGGUAUAAGGAAAACAUGAACAAACCACAGGCUACUUUGGACUGAAAUUGAGCAGACAGUACCUCAUCACAGAACGGUUUUAUCUUGGCUUGAGAAGCCAGGCCACAUCAGUUGAUGCCUUGUUGAUUUUCCAUGAAAGUAAGCCGUACUCUAGCAGGACCAUGUAACAUUUUAAAACAAAACAAAACACAUUCGGACCAGCAAUUUAUUAAAAAGUCCAGAUCUUACAGCAUGGUCCUUUCAAGCAAGGCUUGUCUCCUACAGCAGUGCAGCCAUGGAGUCAAAGGCAUCUCUUCCAGUCUUUCUUCUUCCCCAUCUUCUUCCUAGCACACCUUGUUCUAAAAGACUCUUCCUGUCACUGUGAACCCACAUCCUGUCACCACGGCAGCCCCUGUCUUCCCACGCUCAGGCUCUCAGAUGGGCUAACAUGACAUUUCGUCAUUUUAAUGCCUCGAUCCCAGGUGAGGCCCUGGCUUGGAAAGAAAGCUUAGCCUGUAUUUUCCCACUGGCCUGCAAGUUUCCCUUCAACAUUCCAAAUAAUCAAAAUCCUACAAUUUAUUAAUUUCUAGGAUUUGGGGUGUGUGUCCCCAAAUCUAUAAUAAUUAAUAUUUGUAUUCACAGUCAAUGCUUUUCAUUUUUAAACCUGAAAGAGCACAUUUUAGGGCUCUCCCAGAGGACCUAUUUAUUGAGCAUCCAUCCUGAUUUGCUUGCACAAAGUUUACGUGGUGGUUUGAUGAUAUUUGGACUUCAUUGCGCUUUUGUUCUGAUUUGCUUGUGUAGCAUUUAAACAUCUUCCUGCUAAUUAUUCAUUCAUCCUAUGCUUUUCAGUGCAUUUCCCAGCAAAAACUCUGGAUUUGUUGUGCCAGUUGCAUCAUCAUCAUUAUGUAAAUUUCAAUACUACCCUCCAUCAGAGAUCACAGGGUGGUUUACAGAAAUGCACUUUGUUUGAGCAAACAUAGUUCUGGUUUGCUGUCAGCUGUGAAUGAUGGAAGUGCACUUGAAUUUCCCUAUAGCGAACAUGAAACUGUGUGAGGGGAUUUUUGUUGUUGUUGUCAUUUUCUGGUUGCCACUUCUGCAUGUGUGCAUGGAAAAGCUACCGAUUCUAACACAUAUGAGAAGUUCACAGUAGACAGCUCACCAGUAUAUUUUGCCUGCUUGAACUUGAGCUUUUCCUACAUCCAUGCUUCAAAAGUAAAGGAUAAAUUUCACUUUUGAUGUAGGAUGAGGCUGAGAGGGGAGUCUUGUUAUCUGAGCAGCCUAGGAGUUCUAUAUACAGUGGACAUUCGGGUUGCGAACAUGAUCCAUGUGGGAUGCACUUUCGCAACCCGCAGCGUUCGCAACCCGCAGAGCUGCGUCUGUGCAUGCGCGGAUUGCGAUUUGGCUCUUCUGUGCAUGCGCAAACCUCCAUUUAGCUCUUCUGCGCAUGCACAAAGCACAAUUUAGCGCUUCUGUGCAUGCACGGCUGUCAAAACCUGGAAGUGACCCGUUCCAGUACGUCCAGGUUUUGGCAUGUCCAUAACCUGAAAAAACGGAACCUGAAGCGUCUGUAAUGCGAGGUAUGACUGUACACUGCCCAGGCUAGCAUACUGGAGAGGUCACUGUGCAGUUUGACUUCAUCCCCAGAGGUGCACUCUCUUGAAACAGACAGAUGCAAACUCAUCCAUCAGGGCGAGUGGGGCACUUCCCCAGUCUCAGUCUGGCUUCUUACUGACAAGCAGUCCAGGGGGUGGCACUGCCUCUCAGCUUCCUCCUCUUUAGGUUCAAAGUUGCCCUUGCAGGACUCAGCAGGGAUGUAGAUGGGGACAAAACUAUAAUUUGUUGGCUCUGCCUGUCACUAGCUCUGGUGCCAGCUGCUGCUGGGCUCCCUGCCUUAUGCUCUACCAGUCCCUAGUAGGCACCAGCCACCAUUGGCAUCUAGAAAUGUUUAUGAGGACGAUUGUCUCAUAGCAGGAAUAGACAACCACUAGCGCAUGAGUUGGAACCAACUGCAAAGUCUCUCCCAAUGUUCUUUUCAGUAAUAGGUGCAUUUUUUGUGUUAUUUUCGCUAAUAUAUAUAUAUUAUAUACAAUACAUGCAUUUUUAAUGUGGAUAUUUUUACUAAUGAUACACAUUUAUGUACAUAUAUGCAGUUUGGACACUUCUGAAUUAGAGAAUUAAAAAACAAAACAAAACCAUUUUGGUUUGUGCAUUGUUUCAGUGUUAAUUAAAAUGCAAACCCAACUGAAUAUCUCCCCCCAUCCCAAAUCUCCACUCUUUAAAAAUAUAUAAAUGGUUUGACUUGGAAGCCAACCGUUUCCACAUUUUAACUAACAGCCCAGUCCACAAGCCACUUAAACAUCAGUUACUUGGAUUUAAGAUGAUGCAGACCCGGCUUCCAGCCAGGUCCUCCCUUGAGUGGGUGAGAGUGCAUGUCUUUGAACUGCUUCCAUUUCCAGCUGCUUCUGGGAACUCAGUUUGAAAUAUUUGCUAUUACUUGGGCAGAUGCCAAUAUAUUUUCCAGGCAAGAAAACAUUGGUGUUCUUUAGAAUUUUUCAUUCUUCAGAUCAGCUAAAAAUGAGAAACGUACUUCAGAGUUGCCAGGAUUUGUAAUUCGGCAAACAACUGCCAACUAUUUUGGUGCUCCUUUCAGGAUUCAGAAGCAUUUGUCCCAAAAACUAGGUCAACGAAUGAAGUUAUUUUUGUUCUUUUUAGUUUAGUGUCCUGAUUUCAAAAGUGAAUCAGUCAGCCAUCCCACUGAUGAACACUUUGGUGCUAGAAAUGGGUAUCAUCGCAAUAGUGUGAAAUUGCUUAUGUUGACACUGUGUUGCAGGAUGCUAUCCAAGUCUAAUUGGUUGGCUGUAUUGCUUUAUGCCAGGGAUAAGGAACCCACGGCCCUUUCAGUGUUGUUGUUAAAAUUUCUAUACCGCCCUUCAUCCGAGGAUCACAGGGCGGUUUACAAUAUAGGAAAAAAUAAUAAUAAUAACAACAGCAAACAAAAACAAUACCCCCACCCCGUUUAAAAGGCCAUAGAUUGUUUAAUUAGCUGAAAGCCUGGGAGAAUAGGAAUGUUUUUGCCUAGUGUCUAACAAUAUAUAAUGAAGGGGCCAGGCAAGCCUCCCUGGUGAGAGCAUUUCACAGGCAAGGAGCCACUGCAGAAGAGGCCCUUUCUUGUGUUGCCACCCCUCAGGUCUCUCACAGUGAAGGAACAUGAAGAAGGGCCUCAGGUGGUGAUUGCGAGGUCCAGGUCAGUUUGUAAGGGGAGAGGCAGGCCUGGAGGUAUUGUGGUCCUGAGUCUUUUAAGGCUUUGUAGGUCAAAACCAGGACUUGGAAUUGUGCCCAGAAAGUGAUUGGCAGCCAAUGCCAUUGGGCCAGGAUUGGCAGUAUAUGCUGCAUUCAACUAAGUUAUAUUCAGAUUGGACUCCCUGAAAUUAGUGGAUCUAUUCACCUUACAAGGCUACAGUUCCCAGAGUUCCCUGGGAAGAGGGUUGUACAGUAAAACCACCCUGAGAAUUGUAUAUAGAUGAGGGGGAAAGGAGUUCUCUCAGCAACUCUCAGCAUUUUUAGCAAACUACAAUUCCCAUGAUUCUGUGUGGUGGUGGGGGGAGCCACAAUUGUUUAGAGUGGUAUGAUACUGCUUUAAAUGUAUAGUGCAGAUGAAACAUAACUGUAUUUUUUUAAACCUCUUUGAAAUCAUAGGAUGAAAGGUGGUAUAGAUUUUUUUUGUAAAUAAAAUGAAUAAAACUGUCUCUGUGCCUGGAUAGUUUCUGAUACUGUUAUGUAUCUUGAUCAUCAGAUGGAGAAUGGAUUAGCAGAGUGCAAUUUUAACAGCAAAGUAGCUGUUGGUGAACUAGGUUACGGCAGUCUCCAAGAGCUUGAUGGCGCAAUACUUUAUAUUGCCGCUUCAGUGCUGGAAUCCACAGGUAAUUAUCUCACAUUCACACACACAUACACACACUAUCUCUGGCCCCACUUAUGUCAUAUUGUGUGACCAGUGCUUUUUUUCUAGGGGGACGCAGGGGUACGCAUACCCCUAAACAUUUUGUGAAUCUAAGUUUGGCCUCAUUGAGGGGCAGUAUUUCAAUAUUAGCAGGAAAAUGAGAGUAUUCCUAAACAUUUUUUUUGGGGGGGGGGAGCACUGGGUGUAACCACACUUGGAAUACCAUGUUCAGUUCUGGUCUCCUCAUGUCAAAAAGGAUAGUGUAGAGUUGGAAAAGUUUCAGAAAAAAGGCAACCAAAAUUAGCAAGGGGGUGGAGCAACUUGCCUAUGAAGAAAGGUUGCAAUAUUUGGAGCAUUUUAGUUUAAAGAAAAGUAAGGGGGAACCAUGAUAUAAAUUUACUAUCUAUUUAUUGCAUUUGUUAAUAUAGACCACUUGAUAUAUACCACUUUACUUGUAGUAAAACCUCUAAGUUGUUUACAAGAAAUAUUUAAAUUAUCAAUAAAAGCAAUAUUUCUUAAACAAACAAACCAUGAACGUUCAUUUAUUUGCCAAAAUUCAUACUAGAAUAGUUAUUUAUUUUGUUCUAAACAAAGCUUAUUUCUGAAAGAAACUCAGGAUGGCUAACAUGACACAGGUGUUGUUUUUUGUAUUCAGUCCUGUUCUCACAAGAAACAUCUAAUUUUUUUGCCAGGGGGCCAUAGCGAAGACAGUGAACUUUUCAGUGUCCAUUAUGUUCUGUCACCUUACAAACUCACUUUGGUUGCUACUCCUCUUUUUGUGAAGCCUGGACUCCCCUUCUAUAUUAAGGUUGGUUAACAUGACUAAAGGAAAUGCACAGUCAGCGGAAUUACCAUAAUACGUUAAUAACAACAUCAUGAGAUCCCUGCUCCCAUGCAGCAUCUACUCCUUCAAAAGAAAGAAUCUUAGUUUGUGUCCAGAUAAGGGGGCUUAAAGAUGUAAAUUGAUUGUUCAGAGAUUGCCAGCUAAUCACCAGUAACAGGAUCAAACAAACACAACUUAAUUAGAUUUCCCCCAGAAAAAUUAAUUUGCUUGUUUUCCUCUUCCCUCCCCACCACCUGCCAUGUCUUUUUAGAUUUUAAGUAAGAGGGCAGGGACUGUUUGUUUUUUUAAUCAAUUUGUAAGCCACUCUGGGAGGUUUUCCAGCUGAAGCGAACAGUAUAAAUGCUUUGAAUGAAUGAACGAAUGAAUGAGAAUGGGUAAAUCCAGAUUAAAUGAGGAACAAAUGCAGGCUGGCAUAGUGUUAUUUUAUAAAGUGCAGCUUUGGCACAUUUUCCUUUAAAAGUUAACUAAAUAAAAUUUCUCCCUCUUUUCCAAAUUGGAAAAGUAUAAAGCAUAUGGUAGAACAUUAUUACUUGGUGUGAUAGUGAGGAAGAAAUGUUCCCAAAUAAAUCCACUUAGUUUGUGCAAAUAUUUGUCAUCUCUCUCCCCACCCCGCUCUGUUUGGUGCCAGUGUUUCAUCUGGCUGCUGCUCCUUUGGCAGAUUUUCCCUUGAUGCUGUUUCUUCGUGCUUCCUGGUCACAUGGGUUGGUCCCAUUCAAUCAGGAAUCCCACGGCAGUGAACAGGAUGGCAUCACAGCACCACAUAGCCAAUCAUAUUUGGCUAUGUGAUAGCAGGAUUGAGGGCAACUGAAGGCAACCGAAAGUGAAGGCAAUAUACAUAAAUAAGCAAACAUUUACUCAACAAUUAUUAUUUUAUUAUUAUUUACUAAAUUUGUAUACCACCCUAUAUCCAUAGGUCUCAUGGUGGUUCACAACAAUAAAUAUGCCAAAAAAUAAUUGAAAAUGGAUGUUAUUUUUGACACUGCUGUCAUUGCCUGUGAAAAACUGUAGAGGGUUUCAGCUCAGAUUUACAACUGAACUGGGGAUCCCUUGAUUGCUAUUGUAUAUGUGGUAACAGUUACCUGUCUCUGAUUCCUAAUAAUAAAAGAAUACAGAUAUUUUGUACAAAAAAAUGGUUUAAAACGUGGGUGAUGUGCCUCAGGCCUUUGUGUGUGUGUGUGUGUGUGUGUGUGUGUGUGUGUGUGUGUGUGUAAAAGAGAGAGAGAGAGAGAGAGAGAGAGAGAGAGAGAGAGAGAGAAGAGAAGAGAAUUUAGGCCUCUAAGCCUCACUAUCUGGCCCUCAGACUCUCCCCAGGUCACACCUUAUCUGGCUGUGCUUCAUACCCUUUUUGUUUACCUGUAGAGAGGGUAUAGUUCAGCAGUAGUAAGAGUAUUAACAAUUUUAUUUGUUUAGCUGUAAGCUGGCAGCUAAAUCAAAUAGAGAUGCAUGCAAGGUAACAUAAUUUUCCUUGUCCAAUAGCAGAAUGCACACAAAAUCACUUGAUGUUAUGAUCCCCACCCCCUGCUGCGGAUAUUGUAAAGGUAAAGGGACCCCUGACUGUUAGGUCCAGUUGUGGACGACUCUGGGGUUGCGGCGCUCAUCUCGCUAUACUGGCCGAGGGAGCCGGCGUAGAGCUUCCGGGUCAUGUGGCCAGCAUGACUAAGCCGCUUCUGGCGAACCAGAGCAGCACACUCAGACAGAUAUUUAUGUAGAGGACACUGGGUGGUGUAGCGAGUGGAAUAAAACACAAAGAAAUGGUGCCCCAAGGGCAAUUCCUUAUAGACGCCAUUUGGGAACACUGUGGCUUGUCUUAAUACAUUGGCACAGCCUAGAAAAUCUCAAGGAUAGCUCAGUUGGUUAGAGCAUGGUGCUGAUGACUCCAAGGUUGCAGGUUCGUUCCCCGUAUGGGACAGCUGCAUAUUCCUUCAUUGCAGGGGCUGGGCUGGAUAAUCGUUAGGGUCCCUUUCCAACUCUACAGUGCUAUGAUUCUGUGAUUCUGUGGAUAGAAGCUUUCUCUCUCUCACAAAAAUCUUUACUUGAGAUUUAGACAUUGACUGCAUCCUAAUCAGUAUCAAGUUUUCUAGCAAGUGUAUGUAGAACAGCUAACUUGUUUUUUGGGCGUUAUGUGUCUGUGUUGUAAACUACUCAACAGUGCAAAGGUAAAAAUUACACCUGUUGCUCUGCUCACUUUUGCCCCUAGCUGGCCCAUGGCCCAUGGAAGGUGGCCCUCAGGUUGAAAAGAGCUUCCCCAUCCCUUCUUUAAAAGAAGAUUGUAUAUUAUAGUGAAAUGAUUUUGUUUCUGUGCUGAUAGGUGCAGGUGAAGGAUACAGCAGAUGCCCCUGCUAGAAACAUACCCAUUGUCUUCACGGCUACUGCUUUCAAUGAGCAAAUGGAAGAGAACGUGUUAGUUCAAGAAGGUGCAGAAUCUGGGAGAAGGCAAACAAGCCAGAACGACGGGACAGCUUUAUUUGUGGUUAAUAUUCCUUCUGACUGCAAAGUGCUGGAGUUUCGAGUGAGUUAAAUUCUUUUCGGGUUUCCGUUCUUGUACAGGCUGUACUUUGAGACUGUAUAUUUUGGCCUGUGUGCAGCGCAUUUGGAACAUUCCCUGCCCCGCUUUCUAGUUCAGAUGGGUGACCUUGAAAACUGGAUUUUUAUAUUUAAACACAGUGCAUUACAACAAAAAAUACUAUUAAAAAUAUACUGAGUGUGUGCCCCCCCCCAAAGGGAAGGGGAGUGCCUGUCUUAAACCAUAUUUAGAAACUUGACAGCAAGAGGUGUUGGGAAAAUGAGAUGUGUUUAAUGUUAAGACUUGAACUACAACAUUUAAUUGAUUCAUCUGUUAUACUGAUCAUUGGUCUACCUUGUUUGGUAUUGUCAGUGCUGACUUGUCAGUGGCUCUCAAGGCACCCUCAGGUUCCCAGAGUGUGGGGGAAGGAAUGGCAGUCAUGACAAAAUAAGUGGACCCUCAGCUGAUAGGAGAUUAUAGGAACAAAGGAAGCUGCACUAUGCUGAGUCAGACCAUUGGUCCACCUAGCUCAACAUUGCCUACGCUGGCUGGUAGGGACUCAUCAGGGUUUCAUGUAGCCGGAACUUUAAGCCCUACAUGGAGUUGCUGGGGUUUGAACCAGGGACCUUCUGCAUGCAAUGCUUAUCCUCUGAGCGAUUGAUGUUUCCUAGACCUUCCAGCUUGUUGACUUGUACUUUUUUAGACUCUUAUUGCCCCCGUGGACUUAAAUUCAUUUUGUUUCCCAUCAUUUCCAGAUAAAAACCGCAGAUACCAGUUUACCAGAAGAAAAUCAGGCCAGUGAAAGCUACGAGGCAAAAUCAUAUGCUUCCCUCAGUGGAAGUUACCUGUACAUCGACUGGGCUUCAAACCACCAAUUGCUACGUGUGGGUGAUACCCUUCACAUCAACAUACACCCAUCAAGCCACUAUCUUGAUAAAAUACAUCACUAUAGCUAUGUGGUACGCACAGAAAAAAACAACCCACUUGCCUCUUAAUGUAUUGUCUUUAAUUGCAUUGAAUUGUCCCUCAAGCUUCCAGGUCUCAUCCUGCCAUUGCAUGCCAUGAAGCUGCCACCUCAGCCAGGAGAUUUUGGGCGACACAAAAGACCAGCAAAUUCACAAGUAUCUAAAUCUGUCUCUCACUAUGCUUUCUUCAGUGUUAUGUAUACUAAAGCAGACACCAGUGUUGCUUACAUAUACGUCCUAUGAUGCCCACAAAGGGUCUCUCUUUUUUUUUUAAUGAUAUUUAUUGAGAAUUUAAAAUUACAGAAAGAGAAAGGAAAAAGCAAGAAAAAAGAAAAGGAAAAAAGGUAUACAAAAAAAGAGAUUAAACAAUUUAAGUCAAUAAAAACAAAAGUAAACAAAAAACAAAAAAACAAAACACCCAAUACAUCAGAAUCAAAAAAACAAAAAUAAACAAAAAAUUUAAAAGCAAAUCCAAUAUUCCCAAAUCCUUAUCUUUCAUUAACUUGUUUCAUUGACCUCCUCACACCUCCCUUUUUUGUAUUCUAGUUAUUAAUUAUCUCAGCAAAUCCUUUCCAUCUUUCACAAUAUUCUGUCAUUAAAUUACCUUAAUCUAUUUUAACCUUAUCUUACCAUAAAAAACCCUAAAGCUUAAAACUUAAAUCUUAUUUAUACAUAAUUCUUUUAACAAAACAUAUUUAUACAUAAUUCUUUUUAACAUUUCUACUAAAGCCAAAUAGUUUCAUUCCAACAUUUUUCUAAUACUCAUUAAUUUUACAAUGAUUUUCUAAAUGAAUUUUUAAAACUUUCUUCCAAUCUUCAUCCGUCGUCUCUUCUUCCUGGUCUCGGGUUUUGUCAGUCCUUUCUGUUCCAUCCAUCUAGUCCAUCAACCUGGUGACCUUCUAUCCGAGGCUCUUAAGUCUUUCCAUGUCCCUUCUGCAGGUCUUCUUCAUGUUUAUACCUGCACUUUACUUUAUUUUCUGCUGAUCUUAUUCUUAAUUUCCUUCCUUUCUCUUGGGGAGACUCCAGCUUGGCAAUAUCUUUAUCCCUUCUCGACAAGUCAGCCCAUUCUCCAUAGUCAACACUGAAAUCCAAAAGAUAUUUAAAGGCAUGUUUCAAAGUCCCUCCAAGAUUAAGGGCCCCCACAACUCCGAGCUCCCCCUGGCCCAAAGCCAGAUCCGAAAAGUCAGAACAUCCCUGCAUAGGGAGAUCUAUCCAACUUCCCGAUGCCCACAAAGGGUCUCUGUCACUCAUAAUGUGCAUGAGACCUUUCACUGUUCCUGCUCAGGUCUGCACUGGCUCAUUUUCUCCUGCGUUGAAACCUCCCCCCCCCUAAACAUGCCAACAUCUCAUUUGCUGCCAGGAUUGGACACCCACCUAUCCUUUCAUUCUGAACGAGGAGAGAAGUGCAAAGACCUUCUUCUAAGCAGUGGAUAUGGGGUUGUAUCCAGUACCAGUCUUACUGAGAGUGGAUUUGUUGAAGUUAAGGACCAUGAUUAACUUAGGUCAAAUAAUUCCAUGGGUCUAUUCUGAGUAGGGCUAACAUUGGAUACAACCCAAUAGACUUGCCACACAACAUGUUGUCCUGUAAAUCACCUCCUGCAAUGAUAUGUCUCAGAAAGAUAUGACACCUUAAUACUUGUAGCUCUAGAGUACGUUACACUCUGCUAACUCUUUGAAAUUGCCCUCUUCAAUUUCACUGCCAAUUACUCUGGCAUUUUUAGGGUUUCAUCAAGCAAAGCACGUUCUUGAUUCUCAAUGUCAGUUUUGUAGGAAGCUGCCUUAUGCUGAGUCCAGUGGCGGAGCUUCAUGUUCCGGCAACGGGGGGUGGGAAGCGGGCAGGGGCGGGGUUGGCGUGCAUCCCGGGUGCAUGGCGCACUGCCCGCAGGGGUGUGGUGCAUGUCCUGGGGGCAUGGCACGCCAUUUGUGGGGGCGUGGUACCCAGCGUGGGCAGGAGGGCAGCCACGAUGGCACCCCACCGGGAUCGCACUGCUGGGGGUUGUGUGCUCCCCCCGCACUCCUCUUCCUCCGCCAGUGGCUGAGUCAGGGCCAAGCCCAGUAUGGUCUUCACUGAUUGGAAGCAGCUCUCCAUGUUUCAAGCAGAGUUCUCUCCCAGCUUCCCUGGAUCUCUCUCUCUCUCAUCCAAAGCCCAUUGUUUAUAACUUAGUUCCUUUCCUCCUUUCCUUUAGAUCUUAUCCAAAGGGAAAAUAAAAGCCCACGGGACUCAGGAGAGAGUUAAAGACUCCACUUAUCAAAGUCUAAGAUUUCAGCUAACGAAGGAAAUGGUCCCUUCAGCCCGCCUACUUGUCUACUACAUAGUUACAGGAGAGGGAGCUGCAGAAUUGGUAGCUGAUUCAGUCUGGUUAAAUGUAGAACAGAAAUGUGGAAACAGCCUUGAGGUGAGUAACGUGUAAGGGGUUGGUGACACUGACCAGUUUGGUUUCUCCCAUUUUUCUUCUCAUUUUUCUGAACAGUUCCCUACAUCACUUUGAAAUUUAUUUCAUUGCAUCUUUAAAAAAGUUUAAAAUUGUCCUCAUGAAAAAUUUUAUGCGAACACCUUUUUCUAAAGCAACAUUGCCUAAAAGCACAUUUUUGCAAAAUAAUCUUGCAAAAAAUGACAAUGCAUUUUUAAUUCCCCACCUCCAACUAAUAUAUGGAUUUAUAUGUAUGCUGAACCUCAGUAAAUCAUUGAUUGAUUGAUUGAUUGCCUUUCUCCCAGAGGUAGGACUCAAGGUUUGCUACUGGGGGGGACGGACUGAAUUUCAAACCUCAGAGGAGUGUGAAUUUCUCCAUUGUGUGUGUGUUUUUAAAAUAUGAACACACUUUAGAGAAAACUGGGACCCAGUCAGGUACCAUUGAAAUAAAUGGAUUUCCUUUAGUGAAUCCUGUUUUCCCCUCUCUUCUCCUAUACAGGUUAAAUUAUCAACAAGUGAAAGGUCACACAGCCCAGGAGAUUCAGUUUUGCUUUCUUUGAAAACCCAGUUUGACUCUUUGGUUGCUUUGUCAUCUAUGGAUGUGGCAAUCUACGGCAUCACAAGAUCAAAGACAAGGCCCAUGGAAAGAGUUGCGUACUUGUGCUCCAAACAAAAGAAAACAAAACAAAAAUCUGUUUGCAUUGUGUUACACUGGGGGCAAGGAACCUUUCUCAGCCCAAGGGCCUCAAUCCCUCUGGGGCCACCCUCCGGGGGCACACAUACCCAUGGUGGGCAGAACUGUGAAUAUAAAUGUUAACUUCAUGCAGUAGUCUAGUUACUACUACUACUUCACAUACCUCUCUCUAGCUAGACAAACAAGGAGCAUUCCCAGAGCUCAAGGACACAUUCCGGCCAGGCAAAAACACUCAAGGAGGGUGCAAAGCAGGGCCAGUGAGUAAUCUGACCUCGGGAGAGGGUCACAUUUGGCUCCUGGGCCUGAGUUUCCCUACAUCUAUGUUUCAUAUUUACAGCAUGCAAAUUUUGACAACAAAUAUAUAAUAUUUGAAUAAGUUCAUGUAAAUAUGCAGAAUAUAAUAUUGUUUGACUCCAACUCAAUGAGUUGGCGAUGCUGGCUGGGGCAGGUGCAAGUUGAAGUCCAAUGGUAGUAGAUGAUGUGAGUUGUAGUCCAGUGGCAUGUGGAAGGUCGCAGGUUUCUCAUCCUUGUUUUAAAUUAUAUGGUGUUUCCUAGGCCCUCCCACUCCCAUUAUCUCUAGCCAGCAUGACCAAUGGUCAGGGAAGGUGGGAGUGGCAUUUGGAGGCUCACAGGUUUCUUACCCCUGAUAAUAUAAGCUGAAAAUAGUCCUCCCCUCUUGUCCUUUUCCUCCCCCCAUAGGCACUUUUGCAGUUGGAAACAAGUGACCUUGGUUGUGGUGCUGGUGGGGGACAAAGCAAUGUCGAUGUGUUUCGAAGAGCUGGACUCACCUUCCUGACCAAUGCGAAUGCUGAUGAUUCAACAGAAACAGGUGCCCACCAUCCCUUUUAACCACAAAGUGACACCUUUUCGCAAGUCCUCCCUAAAUAUCUGGGGUGUCAAGGCUUUUUCAUUUUGCUGCCAGCUUUAUAAAAUAACGUUUCUCUCCAUUGCCACUGGUUUUAUCUUUGAUUUGUUUCCACAGAUGAAGCUUGUCAAUCUGUUGUAAGAUCCUCACGGUCCACCAUCGAAGAGGAAAUUGACAAAAUGGGUACAGCAUAUGCCAGAUGUUUUACUCAGUAGCAUUUUUUGUGUUGAAGAGGGGAACCGAGCAAUUUGUGGGAAAUAUAUUUGGUUCUGUUAACCAUAUAUAUGAUUUCAUAGAUCUAAGGGCUAGGGCAUUGCAUUAUGGGUAACUUAAGAUGGGGAGUGGCUGCCACAGAUGGGAGUCGAGCUUAACAUUUUGCCCAGAGGACAGGGACAGAUAGAUCUGUCUAUUUCAUCUUCUCUUGGUUUCUCAUUUUUCCAAACUUAUAUUCAGUUCUCUACAUUUCUGCAGCAAUCUGCAAUUUUAAAAAAUGCUCAUGGAAAUAUUAGUGAACAUUUCUCCCAUUAUACAAAAUUUUGUGUAAAGCUUUAACUAAUAUGCACACUUUUGAAAUCCAUUUUCCCUGCUAAUGACUUUUAAUGUUGUUUCCACUUAUAUAUGUGUUUACUGCACAGAAUUUCUCUAUUAUAUGCAUUUUUAUAUACAUUAUUUGGUUGGAGAACUGCAUCACAAACUUUGAUGAAGUAUGAAUUGCAAAGGAAAGCUGCUUUUCAGCUCAUAAUUGGUUUGAGAAGCGUAAAUUAGGAAGUUUCUCAUAAAAAUGCAAACAAAAUUAAAUUUCUCCCUGUUGAGGAACUGUUGUAUUUAUUUUUAUAGUCAUGUUUUUCACAAUGACGUCUAAACUGUCUUGUAAAUUAGGGAUGGAAGGAUCCAUCAGUUUUGGUUUUUCAAUCUUAAAUUCAGUUCUCCACAUUCUAUAGGGGAUUUGGGAAUAUUAAAAAAUCCUCUUUUAAAUCCAUCAUUCUUGGAAGCAAUAUCCCCUAAUAUAAUGCAUUUCUGUAUGUUAUUUUUCACUUAUAUUUUCAUUUUUAUGCACACUUCCAUCUAAUAUAUGCAUUCUUGUAAGCAUUUUUUCACUGGAGUAUUGCAUUGCAAAACUCAGAUGAUUUCAAAGGCCAGCUUGUGUUUCAUUGCACAUCUUGUUUCAGAAAGUCUGAAUUUGAUAAGAUUUAGCUUUAAAUGCAUACAGAUUCCCUCCAUCCCUAACAGCAAUGUAGGAAGGCAGUACGCAAAUUCAAAAAGAAAUGAAAAUGGGGAAAGGGGACUCCCAUAAUAAAUUUUAUCCACAUCCCUAACAGGGAGAUGCCCCAAACCUGAAACUGGUACUGAUUUUACUAUGCCAUGAGAAAGAGUCUAGCAUUAUGUAUUGUCAUUUCAGUAACCUACUUUAAAAGACAAGACCUUCAGAAGUGCUGUAGAACUGGAGCAGAACUGUAUCCCAUCAUGCAAACUUGUGCCGAGAGAGCCAACCGCAUUAAGUCUGGUAGUCGCCUUUGCAUAGCAGCUUUUAAGCGCUGCUGCGAAACUGCAGAAAACCUGCGGCGGAAUGAAACUCACAAGGUUUUAAUACUGGCGAGAAAAGGUAACAUUACCACAUGACACCGUUUGGAGGCAUGCUACUGUUUCACAGGGGAUUUUAAACAAAGGAAAUGAAUGGAACGAACAGAUGUUUUGGUCAGCCAACCAAAUUGGGGUCUGAUGCUCAAGCAGUCAUCCUGAUCUGCUUGCAGAAAGCUUGGGUGGAUGUUAGAUGUUGCAUGCCAUCCUAAGCAGUGGAUAUGGGGUUGUACGCUUAUCCAGGGCUCGGUUCCUCUGUUAAGAAGGUCAACAGAGACUGUGGAGUCUUUAGGAUAUACAGUUUGAUUCACACACACACACACACACACACACACACCCCCCUUGGGCAUAGGAUGGAGGGGCUCACUGUAUCAACACUCCGAAAUAUAUUGCUUUUCCAUUCGUCACAGCUCUAGAUCCCGCACAGAGCAAGUCAUGUCUCAACCCCCAGUUCCUGCAGCAUCAAUCUAUUCCAGUUCACUCACAUGCAACUCCUUAGCCUGGUCCCACUUGUUACACCUUUGAUUCUUUCUCACUUAGAGGCAGCUAAUUGCAGCCCAGCUCAUUCCUUUAAAGUGGAGUACUAAAGUGACCAUCUAGUCUUCAUCCACAGAUGAACAUUCUUGACUGGUUCCCCAACCUUCCCCAAACUCAUAACAGAUUAUAUCCUGUCUUUACUGAUUUGUUCAUGGGAAGAUUGUAUGGCAAUGAGCAUUCAUACUGCCUUCAUCCUGAUUUGCUUUUGGGGUGUUUACACAUCUUCCUGUGAGACAUUCAUUCAUCUCACACUUUUUAAUGCACUUCCCCAAUUGCAAUUCCUCAUUAUUAAGCAAAUUUGUUGAGUACUUUAACUACAUAAACACAGGGUUCUAGCCAAUUUUAGUCCUCCAAGUAGUACUACUGAAUUUAACAAGCAUGAUAAACUUAGGUCCAUUCAUUUCAAUGUGUCCACUUAGGGUAAACCUUAGUUGGAUACAACCCCUAAAGUUUUGAUCGAAUCCUUAUUGCAAAAUGUUGACAGUGUGGAGAUGCUGAUGGAACUACAAAAUUUCCUCAAGAUUUCCCAUUAGAUUCUCCUAAACGUGCAAGUUUCCUACUAUAGUUAUAAAUGUUUAGUACGUAAAUAGUAUUUGCUGUAAUGCAAUCAACCAGUCAAUCGUUUUAUUUCUAUUCUGCCUUUCCAAAGUUAAAACUCAAUGCUCAAGGUGGCUCACAAAAUAUAAAAAAUUACAUAACGAACAUAACAGAAGUAGUCAUACACAACAAAACAUCAAAAAGAACACAAUCAAAUUGAACAAUUUCCACAUUUAACAUCAACAACAUUAGCAACCCCCCCCAAAAAAAACCAACACCCACUGACUAAACCUUCCCUCAGCUCAAGAGUCUGCUCAGCAGCCUCAGCUUUUGUAGCGGGAGUUAGCCAGGGCGCUGUUCUCCUAGGAUAGGUAGAAAAGGCCUGAAAGGUCUUCCACAACCUAUAGCCAAAGUGCACCUAUUAAAAACUAGCCUCCACUGCCAAAAAGGGGCGGGGCAGGGGGGCGGGAGAGAAAAUGCAAUACAGUGGUACCUCAGGUUACAUACGCUUCAGGUUACGUACGCUUCAGGUUACAGACUCCGUUAACCCAGAAAUAGUACCUUGGGUUAAGCACUUUGCUUCAGGAUGAGAACAGAAAUCGUGCUCCAGCGGCGCGGCAGCAGCAGGAGGCCCCAUUAGCUAAAGUGGUGCUUCAGGUUAAGAACAGUUUCAGGUUAAAAAUGGACCUCCAGAACGAAUUAAGUACUUAACCCGAGGUACCACUGUACACACUAUAUGGAAACUGAUCCAUACAAAUGAGCAUAUCACCCUUGAUCAUUGGCCAUGGUGACUAGGGCUGAUGUGAGCGGGAGUCCAACAGCAUCUCUAAGGACUACAGGUUCCACAUCCCUGUGCUGGUCCUAGCAGUUCCUGACUACUGGCUGACUUUUCUAAUUUUCUGAAAUUCCUUUAAAAAAUAUUUUCCAGCCCUUGAUGCCAUGUUGAAUUUGGAUCCAGAGAUCCGAAGCUAUUUUCCUGAAAGCUGGCUUUGGGAGGUUCACCCAGUUCACAGGUACAGUAGUCUGGGAGAGACUCGGUCGUUUUGACUUUAGCUGUGGCCUAGGAUGAAACUGCUCUCUUGAAUGAGCUGAAGUAUCUACUGAGAACAUUUUCACAGCUAAACCCAGGAGAACUGCUGCCAGCCAGUAUAGACAGGACUGAACUAGAUGGAUCAGUGGUCUGAUAGUUGUCUGGUAGCUUCCUUAUAGUGGAUUGAGCACUGUCUCAGUGCAUACGACUUACAUGCAGAAGGUCCCAGGUUCAGUUUUUAUUAUUUAUUGAAUUUAUAUACCGCCCUAUACCUGGAGGUCUCACAGUCCCCAGCUAUUCAAGUAAGGAUGGACAGAUCUGUGAGUUCUGAUUCUCUUAGUUCCUCAUUUUUCAGUUCUCCGGAUUUCUGCCACAAUCUGUGAUUUUAUUUUUUAUUUUUUUAAAAAAACCUGCUGAAAAUUCACCAGCAUUUUAGUGCAAAUUUCUAAUAUACACAUUUUUGCUAUAAGAGAAUCCAUUUUUGUAGUAUAUUUUUUUAAAAUUUUGGCUGCUGCUUGUUAGCUACAUUUUUUUGAUGUUUUUGCCUUCCCCCCUCCUAAUAAAUGCAGUUCAAAGGCUCUUCCUGUGACAUUGCCAGAUUCUAUCACCACCUGGGAAAUACAAGGAGUUAGCAUUUCAGACAAAGGUAUGUAUAAAAUGUCUCAUUUUGUUGUAGCCCUUCUUAGUGAGCAAGUAAAAUUUUGUAUGAAAAAUGAGACAACUGGGAACCUCUGAGAUUCCAGCUUUGCUUAACCAAUGUGUCCAAUACACAGAGGAGAAUUGGGAUGUCUCCCAGGAGGUGUGUGUGUGUGUGUGUGUGUGUGUGAGAGAGAGAGAGAGAGAGAGAGAGAGAGAGAGAGAGAGAAUGGUGGGAGAUUCAGGAUGAAAAAAGGAAGUCCUUCUUUGUAUUGUGCAUAGUUAAAGCAUGGAAUAUUUUGGCACAAGAUGGCUGCCAACCCGAACAACUUUAAACCCGUCUUCCCUUGCACUGCCUGGUAAGGGCAUUAAGAUCAGAAAAUGGGUUUUAUAUACUUCUUACAUGCCAAUAUGGCCUUCUAAGUUGUUUGUAACAUCAAUGAUAAAAUCCAUACAUAAUUUAAAAAACAAAACAAAGCAAUUCCAUCAAAGCAUUAAAAACAUCCACAAUGUUAACCAUCAUCAUAAGGAAUGGAUAAACUUCCACGUGUUUGACUCAUAAUUCCAUUCUGUUCCAUUUCCUACAUCAAUCUGCAGAUUUAAAACAAAAAGCCCUUCCUUCCCAAAAAGCAUUUUAAUGGUAUUUCAAUAAACAUGUUAAGCUAUUAAUUCUGUUAGUACUAACCAUAUUGCUCACCCAUAUGUAUAAAGUGCAUCAGUAGUUUAAAAAAAGCAUUAGUAAAUGCUAUUAAAUACUGACUGGUUAAUUAAUUACUAAAUACUAAAUACUACUUACAAAUGGUGUUGUUUGUUUGCUUGUUUGAUUUUCACACAGGUAUCUGUGUUGCUGAUGCACUUCAGGUGCAGGUAAUGAAAAACGUCUUCAUAGAUGUGCAUGUUCCCUAUUCUGUUGUCCGUGGAGAACAGAUAGAAUUGAGAGGAUCUGUUUACAAUUACAAAGGUUCCAGAACCAGGGUAAGGCUCUGACAGAAAAUGUUGCUAACAGUUAGGGAUGGGGGAAAUGUUGGAGUCAGUUCACAUUAAAAAAAAAUUAAAAUCUAUCAGAUUCGCACUUUCCAAAACAAUAUCAGAACCCAAGCAUAGCCGUCCUUUGCAAUUCACACUUACAUCAAUUUUAUGAUACGGUUCUCCAACCAAUGUUUUGCUAAAAACUGCACAUAAAAAUUUAAAGUGUGCAUUAAAAUGAAUAUAUUAAUGAAAAUAAUAUGUAAAAAUGCAUUUUUUGCAAGCAAUUUCUCUUAAUACUUUAGUCAAAACUGCUUACAAAAAACUGCUUAUGAAGGAGAAAUUUGCACUAAAAUGCUGAGUAAUUUUCAUUAGUUUUUUUUUAAAAAAAGUUUUCUGCGGAGAACUGAAUUUAAUACAGUCAUACCUCAUGCUACAUUUGCUUCAUGUUGCGGCUUUUCAGAUUAUGAACACGGCAAACCCAGAAGUGUUUACUUCCGGGUUCGCCAUGCGCACAUGCGCAGAAGCCAUCUGCACGCUUCACACAUGCGCAGAAGCGCUCUAUUGUGCUUUGCACACACGCAGUAGCGGCACUCUACUUACAGAAUUUUCAGGGUGCAAACGGCACCCUGAAACGGAUCAUGAUUGUAAGUAGAGGUACCACUGUAUUGGAGAAAUGAGAAACUGAGAGAACCAAAACUGAGAGAUCCUUCCAUCCCUACAAAGAGCAUAUUGUUCCCUGUAAGUGAUGAGACUUAACCCUGGAAGAGCAAGUGAAACAAAAUUUCGUAACAGUUCAAAAAUUACCAAAAUUUCAAUUGUUCCAUUGAGAUUAUGAAUGCAAAAUUUCUAUUUUAAAAAUCACUUUAUAAUGUAAAUCCCAGUGGGUGCCUGUAGCACAUCCAAUAAGUCUCAUUAAGCAGCCUCACAAAACUCUGUAAUGUGUGUGGGAGAGUUUGCUCUUCCUGCUUAGUUACUAUUUACACUGGGUUGAUCUCUGCUAUGUUGAAUUCAUUCACUGAAACAUGUCCACAUUUCAUCGGAUGCCAGAGCUGGGCACCCACCUUCCUUUCCAUUCUGAAUCAUAAAAGAGGUGUGGACACUAGAACUGUCAUAACUCUAGAACUAAGCAACAUCCAAUGAAGCUUAAUGCUGGAAGAUUCAGGGCAAACGAAAGAAAAUACCUCUUUGCACAUGCUUAUAAGCUACAUGUUACUGAGUCAGCUGAUGGAAACCUCUUCUAACCCUUUUUGACACAUGCUUUAGUACUGCACUAAGGUAUCUGUGGGUGAAGGCAUUUGCCUUUUCGGAGGCACGAGCACUGGACAGCACGGUAUCCAAGAAACCAUUUGCAGGCGUCGGGAUCUCCAGGGAUCAUCAGUUGCCUUAGCAACAUUCAAGAUUCUCCCUCUGGAGACAGGCCUCCACACCAUCAACUUUACACUGAAGGGUGAUUCUGUCAAUGAAGUCCUUGUGAGAACAUUAAGAGUUGUGGUAAGAUCAAGCUAUUUUUCUUGAAAAGCCUUCCCACCCCUGCAAAUCAGAAAUGAAUGAUUGUUUAUAAAGCACUCGUGAUUUUAAUCCCUCUCACAACAUAUUAAAGGGACAAGGGAUGAGGAGGGGGGAAAGCAAACCCAGGACGACAAGUUCUUAGUUGCAAAAUUCAACAGAAUGCAAGUCACAUAGCUGGGUCUAAGGACAGUGGAAAGGCUGCUGCUUCCUCUCCUUCUGGUAACCUUAGUGGGAGGGCAUUGGUAGGUGCAGGAAAAAACUGAGCUGUACUUAUACCUGUGGGACAUGGGUGGUGUUGUGGGUUAAACCACAGAGCCUAGGACUUGCCGAUCAGAAGGUUGGCGGUUCGAAUCCCCGCGACCGGGUGAGCUCCCGUUGCUCGGUCCCUGCUCCUGCCAACCUAGCAGUUCAAAAGCACGUCGAAGUGCAAGUAAAUAGGUACCGCUCCGGCGGGAAGGUAAAACGGCGUUUCUGUGCGCUGCUCAGAAGCGGCUUAGUCAUGCUGGCCACAUGACCCAGAAGCUGUACACCAGUUCCCUCGGCCAAUAAAGCGAGAUGAGCGCCACAACCCCAGAGUCGGUCAUGACUGGACCUAAUGGUCAGGGGUCCCUUUAUCCUUUACCUUUACCUAUACCUGUACCUGUACCUGGAAUGAUGGAGGGUGCCUGAUUGCCACAUCCUUUCCUUCUGGUGGCUUCUCAGUCCCCUUUCUCAGGGAACCUUUGUAACUUCUGUUGCUAGUUGUAAUUUAAUGUUUCACUCUGUUGAUUCAGUUUUAAAUGAACUGUAGCCACUGCUAGCAGGGGCUUCAGUCCCCAAAUAAAGUUGUUGGGGUGUUUCGUGUGUGUUGCAUGUACAACUGUGAUAUUUUAAAAAACUAGUUUUUGCUAGAGAUUCUUGGGGUGGGGGAAUGAAUAAGCAAAUGUUCCUUGACAGGCCUUCAUAAUGUUAUCUCCCUAUUCUUUGGUUUUAGCCUGAAGGGAUAAAAAAGGAAAUUCACGAAGGUCACACGCUGGACCCACAGGGUGUUUAUGGUAUGGCAAAUUACCCUUUCCCCCCUCCCUUCCAUUCAGUUUUCCUGAUCCAUUCUUUCUCUUUCAGAUAAGCAUUAUCAUGCUCAUGUGAUUUGCUGUUAGAACAGUCACUUGGGCAUGACACGUACCUGGGAAUAAGUACCUUUGAUCUCAGAAGAGUCUCCUAAGGAGUAGACAUGUAAAGGAUUGCACUGUAUGGAUUACACUAUUUAUUUUGGAAGGUUCACUUGGCAUUUGGGCACCUCUUCAGAUAUAACAAAAUUUUACAUGAUGGUUCCUGAGAUUAAGGGGUGGGUUUUUGUCUAUAUUCAGAUACAAUUGGAUGCCAUUUUAAAUCAAGGCAGCAGGAUGAAACUUUUAAAAAUGCAUUGAUUUCAAAACUGAAGUGAUUUUUUAAUUUAUUUUUUAUUUGGUUUCUUAGACUUCAUGAGCAGUGCCAGGCAGGACGCUGCUGGUAUUUUACAAAGGGAACUAGCAUGUGGGUUAUUAUUAUUUUUAAGUCACUGCAUAGCGUGCCUCCUGCCUCCCAAACUCUGCUGUGAUCCUUUCCUUAUAAGCCAGUCCCAAUCCUAACUAUAUCUAUGUAGAAGUGAGACCCAUUGAAUUAAAUGGAGCUCAUUCCCAUGUACGUUAGCAUCAUUAUAGCAUUGACAUCAUAUAUGAGCACCCACAGUAAGAAGGGUGGGUGAAUUUGCCAGUUUUGUAAUCUAAAGUUCACUUUUCCACAUUUCCAUGUCAUUUUGCAAUUUUAUAGAAGUCCUUAUGAAAAUUCAUCAGAAUUUUAGUGUGUGUUUCUCCUAAUAUACAUGUUUUGUAUGCAGUCUUAUUCUAACACAUACAUUUUUGUGGAGCAAUUUGUUUUCAUGACUAGAUGCAUUUUUAAGUGCACUUUUCUUAGUACAGUAUAUGCAUUUUCCAUACACAUUGCUUGGUUGGCAAACUGCAUUGAAAAGUUCAUAUGAAUGUGAAUUCAGGCAUGUCCAACUUUCAAGAGACUGAGAUCUACUCCCACUAUAAAAAAAAACCUGGCAGUGAUCUACAAAAGUUGUUGAGCUAGUAGAUCGCAAUAUACCCGUUGGACAUCCCUGAUUUAAUUGUUUCAGGAAGUAUGAUUUAUGUAGAUUUGGCUUUAAAUGUGAAUCAAACAAAAUUACUCCCUCAACCCUAGUCUGCAGGCACACCACAUUGUUGAAGAUCUAGGUCUGAUCAUUGCAAAUGUAUACCUUUGAAAGGCAGGAUGGAAAUGUGAAAUAAAUAAGGCUAACAUAGUACACAAUUAUUAUUUUUUAGCUCUAGCAUUUUUUAGCUCUAGCUCUAGCUUUAGCAUAUGUAACACAAUAAAUUUCCAUGGUUUCUCCACAUAUAUUUUCAACAACAGGCACAGUGGAAAGAGAGCAAGUAUUUCGUUACAGGAUACCAUCAAACAUGGUCCCUAAGACAAAAGUUGAGAGGACUCUGAAUAUAAAAGGUAAAAUGGAGUGGGUGGAGCACAGUUAUUUUAAUCACGUUUUCUUGCUGCUUUUAAGCCUCUAAAUAUUACAAGUGUUUUUAGCCUUGAAUCAGGUUUCAUGUCAUUUAUUUGUAAGGGAGGAUAAGCUUAUUGGUGGUUGCUGAUACAGUGGUACCUCAGGUUACAUACACUUCAGGUUACAGAUGCUUCAGGUUACAGACUCCCCUAAUCCAGAAAUAGUACCUCGGGUUAAGAACUUUCCUUCAAGAUGAGAACAGAAAUCGUGCGGUGGUGGCGGCAGUGGGAGGCCCCAAUGAGCUAAAGUGGUGCUUCAGGUUAAGAACAGUUUCAGGUUAAGAACGGACCUCUGGAACGAAUUAAGUUCUUAACCUGAGGUACCACUGUAAUGGUGGCAUUCUGCUCAUAUUGGGAUCAGUGGCAGGAUGCCUCUGACAAUUCCAGUUGCUGGGGUAUAUGAUUGAGAUAUGUCUCUUGCCCUCAUGCCCUGGUUGUGGGCUUUUCAUAAGCAUCUGGCUGGCCACUAGUCCCAUCAGAAUACUAGAUUGGUGGCAUGAUCUGGCAUGCCUUGUCUUAUGUUCAUAUCUCUUCUGAAGACUUCUGUUUACAAAUCCUGCUUCUCUACUGGUGAUGAUUGAAGCAGCUUAUAAGUUGUAACUGUGGUGACUGGUGCCCAUUUAGACGGGUAGGGAGUAAGGCAAGGGCCCCAACAGUAGGUGGCGCCAGAGCCAAUGACGAGCAGAGCCAAUUAAUUCUAGUUUCCUCCCCUUCCUCCUUUUACAAGGGCAACCUGAGAGUAAGAAGUAAAAUGCACAAGGAACACCAGACAAAUCAUAAUCUGCUCAACAGCAAUGCUGGUUGAAAUAUUUAUUUACAUUUAUUAAUUAAAGGGUUUUAAAACAAUCUUUUACCUGUCACAAGGCAGCAGACGACAGUUAAUAUUUCAAAAGAGCAGUAACAAAGCGCAUCUAAGCAGGGACAUGAAUUAAAAGUGGAUUGAAACAAAAGCUGCUUUUAAAAGGUUGACAGUCUUGAGGAAGAAGAGCACAAGUGAGGAAGGCAUAAACAACAACAGAACCUGCUCCCUCCCUGCCCAUUCAACUUUGUUUGUUUGUUUCAGUUUGGUGCCUUGGCAGAAAAAGCAGUGUAUAAAUACAAUGAACAAACAAACAAACAAACAAACAAACAAGCAAACAAACAAAUGAUAGGGUCAUAUACAUUUCCUGGGGAAAGAAAGUCCACAGAUACUGGGCCACCACUAUGAAGUCUCUGUAUCUGGUAUCUAACCUAGGGGACAGGAAACCCUUUUCAGCCUGAGGGCCACAUUUCCAUGUGGGCAACCUUCUGAGGGCCCCUGGCUAGUGGUGAGCAGGCCCAGAAACAAAAGUGAGUGGAGCAACAAAUGUAAAUUUUAACUUUGUACAGCAGGUUAGUCUCCACACACGCUCACACAUGCCUGUCUUUCCUCUACCCUAGUAAGCGAGAGUUUAAGGACACGUUCCAGCCAGGAAAAAAACAUUAUGGGUUCGAACCAAGGCCAGUGAGGCAUGUGGCUUGGGAAGAGGACUGUAUGGUCUGGCGAGAGUUCCAAGGGCAAGAUAGAGAUUGGAGGGCCACAUUUGGCCCCUGGGCCUGAGGUGUCCCACCCUUGGUGUAAUCUAACCUGUUACUCAGAGAAUAGGAACAAAGUGAGUGUUAACUGCCUUGUGAGAAGUAGCUAACAGUAGAGCUCUCCUAGGAGGGUGUUCCAGUAUCUGGGCCUCACCUCCAUAAAGGCCCCAUAUUUUAUACCAACUAAGCAGCAUGGACACCCUCCAUCCGCCCGCCAACAAAAAGGACAGGAUUUCAUGGUACCAUUUUUCUUUUGCAGGAAUUCUUCUAGGUGAAGUGAUUAAUGUAGCUGUCAGCCCAGAAGGGCUAAAACUUCUUGUCAACCUCCCAAAGGGGAGUGCAGAAACUGAGCUUAUGAAUGUUGUGCCGAUCUUUUAUGCAUAUGACUACCUGGAAAGGACAGACAGCUGGGACAUACUUGGCCCAGGGACUAUCACUCCAAAAGUUAACCUGAGGAGGAAGAUGAAAGAAGGUAAAUUAGUAUUCCCUUGUGCUCUUUCAAGGUAAGGUAGACCUGAAGUCCUUGCAUGAUCACCAAAGCAAUGUGCCUUGUGAUGAUAAUUUAGCCAGAGGCUUAUGACUGGCAUAAUUGCAGGGAACUUUGGCAUUAUCGAGAUGUUGUUUGCUCUUUCUGGAGAUAAUAGUCAAUGUGAAUGAUCUCCUUAUGUUUGAAGUAGUGGCAUGAGUGGAAUAAACGUUGAAUACGCUGCUUUAUGUACCUUAUAGGACUUGUCAGCAUCCUGUCAUUCCAGAAAAAGGAUUUCUCAUACAGUAUGUGGGAGAAAGGAGAGCCCAGUGCCUGGUGAGUUCUCCAUAUAUAGUAACAAAUAUAGUUCUUAUUAUAUAGUAACACAAUUUGACACAAUGGGUUCUAAGGUUGAGGAGCAGGUUUCUGUUUGUGUUUGGACACCGUAGGAUCCCAUUUUGAAUCAAGAUGGCAGGCUCAACUUUUCAAAUCUGCACCGGGUUAGACAUCUCUCAAGAUAUUGUAAAACAUUUUGCAAGAGGGUUCCUGAGAUCAAUGAGCAGGCUUCCAUCUUUGUUUGGAUACUAUUGGGCACCAUUUUGCAUCAAGGUGGCAGACACAAUCUUCCAGAGCUUCACCAAUUGUCACUCAGGGUUGCUGUUGGCUUCUUAGAAUUCCCAAGCAACAUCAAGCACUUCUUGCUAGUUUGUUUACAGGUAGCAGCAGCACCUUGCCAUCUGCUGCCAUCUUUCUGUCUUAAGUUCACACCAAAAGUUGUAGCAAAAUCACACACUUCCUACCUCUGGAGCUCCUGGUAUAAGCAAAAGAGUGAUUCACAGCAGCUGUGGUUAUAAGUCCAUGGGCUGGAAAGGUCACACAUUUACAGUGCAAUCCUAGACAAGUCUACCCCAGAAGUAAGAUCCACUGGGUUCUCUGGACUUGCUCCCUGGUAAUUGCAUAUCGGACUGCUGCCUUAGUGAAUGAGUGAAACGUUUAAAGCCGUAGAGCAGCACAGUAUAAGUACAGCAGUCAUCAAGUUUGAUGCUCAGUCAGAAAAUUAACCUUAAAUACUUGCCAUGGGAUACUUUAUUUGUUUGCUCAGAAUUGCAGAACCCAAAUGUGUGUGUGCAGGCUGUGGGUAGGAGUUAAUUUCAAAAUUAGCAGCCAGCUCAUAUUUUCCUCAGGAAAUAUAUUUGUUUUAUUUUGUUGAUGGGGCAGGCUGACAGCUUUUGCCUUAAGGAUUUUGGGACAAGUGAGCCAAUAUGUGGCUGUUGAUAAGAAUUCUGUGUGCAAUUCUCUGACGUGGAUGAUUGACAACUGUCAAAUGGCAGAUGGAUCUUUCAGGGAGAUUUCAAGCUACCAACCUGUAAAACUACAGGUAAGGAAACUGUUUUUUGUUUUUUUUUAGGAAUUCAUUUUCUAGCUAACAACUGACAGAAAAUUAUGAUUUAGAUGAGGCCUUUCUUGUUAGCACAACUAAUCCGCUGUAGGGCUGACCCCACCAUUAGACAGAGAGAGGGAAUAGAGGUAAACAAACUUGUCAAUUUGUUUCUCCAGUUUCUCAAUUUUCUAACUGUAAACUUAGUUCUUCAUAUUUUUGCAGCAAUUUGCUCUUUAUUUACUGUUUUACAAAAGACUCUUGAAAAUUUCUCAGCAUUUUGGUGCAAAUCUCACUCCAAGCAGAUUUUUGUGCGCCGUUUUGGCUAAUGCAAUGAAUUUUUGUAUCUUUGCAUUUUUGUUUUUUAUUUUCACCAAUAUAUGCAUUUUUAUGAACACUUUCUCGUAAUAUAUACAUUUUUGUACAUAUUGGUUAGAGAACUGCAUUACAAAUUCAGAUAAGUCUGAAUUUUGGAUGAUGGCUGUGUUUCAGUUCUCAUAUUGUCUCAAAAAGUGCAAAUUGGAUGGAUUUAUCUUUAAUUGUGAAAUGAACUGAAUUUCCAUCUCAUCCCUACCUAUAGGGCAGCAAUAUAUGGAGGAGCAGCAAUUAAGUUUUGUACUACUUUUUUGACCCAAAACACUGUCACCUGCCAUGGGGAUUUCUUUCAACAAAACAAUUGCAAUUUUAAGUUUUAAUUAUUUGCAGUUCUGAAAAUUGCUUUGUUUUAAUUUAUGCUCAGAUUUGUCUUGUGUGUUGCUUUCGUGAGGUAUAUCAUAAAGACCCUGACUACACACAAUACCUUUGACACCCGAGGUAUGUGUUUUCAGGGCCCGGCCUAAUCCCGUGUAGGUAAUCUGUUUUAACUUCUGAAUGUUAAAUAGUUGCAACCUUCCUUGGGACCUGCUGAUAAAGGGUGGGUAAUCAUUAUUAUUAUUAUUAUUAUCACCAUCAUCAUCUGUCUGACUGCAUGUUUAUAUAUGUUGCUUUUUAAAAGGGCACACUACCUAAGGAACAGAAAGAAAAGACUUUGUAUCUCACCGCUUUCUCUCUGAUUGGAUUUGAAAAAUCAAUUCAUAUCUGCCCAUUGCAGGUGCGUGUAGUGUGAUUACUUCCUUCUUCCCACAGACUGCAUUUUUGUACUCCAAGCCAACAGUCAGAUUCCAAGAAUGCUAGGGAUCCAGGGGCGUCGCAACGGGGGUGCGGGGGGGUGUGCGCCCUGGGUGCCAUGUCUGAGGGGGUGACAAGAAGGCAUCCCAUGGAGGCUCGCGGCGGCGCGAGCAGCCACUGUGCCGCAUCAGCUGUAUGUGGAGGAUCCUCUGUUUGUGGCUACAGCCGCGAGCAGAGGAUCCCGGCGCCGGUGGCAAACCGCUAUGUACAGUGCAUGUGUGGCGUCGCACGCAUGCGCUGUACGUAACGGUGCUGCACAUGCGCUGCAUAUAGCGGUUUGCUGCCAGUGCCGCUUGCGCAUCGUAUGGAUGAUGGUGGGAUCUCAGCUGCGAGCAGAGGAUUCCAGCACCAUCGGUCCAGCACUGGAGCAGCACCGCCAGCAAACCCCUAUGUACAGCACGUGCGGUGUCGUUAUGUACGGUGCAUGCACCCUACGUAGCAACGCCACGCCCCGGGUGUCACGACACCUUCAUUUGCCCCUGUAGAGAUCAGCAGGAUUUUUAAAGGAAUGACUGGGGAAGGGCCAUAGCUUGGUGGUAGAGCAUCAACUUUACAUGCAAAAGGCCCGAGGUUCAAUUCUUGAUGUUGGUAGACAGGGUUGAGAAACCCCAGAGAACUACUGCUAUAUAUUGUAGAUACUGAGCUACAUAGACCAAAGGCCAUUGAGGAAGGGUUGUAACUCAGUGGUCUGCUUUGCAUUCAUAAGGCAAAGUUCAAUCCUUGGCAUCUCCAGGUAAGACUGGUAAUGCCCCCUGCCUGAAACUCUGGAGAGCCACAGCCAAUCAGUGUACAGAUCAUAUUGAGCUUGUUGGACCAAUGGUCUGACUUAGUCUAAAGCAGCUUCUUGAGUUCCUUAAAGUACUCCGCUUUGACUAGUUCAUGCCCUGGAUAGUUUGAUUCUGAGGUUUUGUAGCAGAACAGAAAAGCACCAAGCACAUUUCCAAUACAAUGUCUUGUUAUGUAAUGGUUAGAGUAUUAUUCACAAAGCUCACUGGGCCAGUCACUAUUGCUUAGCCUAACCUGCCCCACUGUGUGGUUGUGAUGAUAAGCUGAGGGUGGGGGAGAAUUAUGUUUGCUGCUGCCUCCUUCGUGGAGGAAGCGCGUGGUACAAAUGUAACCACAAGCAAGGAAAAAAUAAAAUAAAAUAAGAACAUUUGGUUCUUGUCUUCACAGAGAAUUGAAGAUGCAAAAAACAAAGCUAAAGAUUACUUGCUACAAAAUUUUCAUUCUGUACAAAGCACGUUUUCCUUGGCAAUAGCUACUUAUGCACUCACUCUGACAAGAUCCAGGCAGCCUGGCACACGCGCAGCCUACUUUGCACUGAAGAGGGAAGCCCUUGUGAAAGGUAAAAUCUCAAGUAACAUCCAUUUCCCCAACUUAUAGCGAUUUCCUCUAGUGAUGGUGGCACUAGACCUCAGCUGGUGAAAAAUGCAGCAGCCUGGAGUUACUUGCUGGGGUUUCAUUUAAAUCUCAUAUAACCCGUUUUAAAACAGCUGUGUUGGUUGUCAGCUUGUUUCUGAGCCUAAUUCAUGGGGCUCACAUUAGUGUUUAAAGCCCUUAAAUGAUCCUGAUCUCAAUCAAAUAUCUGAAAGGCAGCCUCCUUCUCUACAGACUCCUUGGGUGUUGAGAGCAGCAGAGGGUGUCCUCUUCAUGGUUACAGCACCUUCAGAAGUAUGGAAAAUGAUUACCAAGGAGAGGAGACUUUUUCUGUGGCAGCCCCUAAGUUAUUGAACUCUAUCCCCACAGAGGUCUGCCUGGCACCUUCACUAUACAGUUUUCACCUAAUGCUGAAUGUGCACCUCUUUUCACUCUGUCCUUUGACACUUGAGAUGUGUAUUCUUGUGAUUGUAAUUUGUUUUACAGUCAUACCUCGGGUUGAAGUUGCUUCAGGUUGAGCAUUUUCAGGUUACACUCCGUGGCGACCCGGAAGUAAUGGAACACAUUACUUCCAGGUUUUGCCACUCGUGCAUGCGCAGACGCUCAAAAUGAUGGCAUGCGCAUGUGCAGAAGCGGCAAAUCGUGACCCGCGCACGUGCAGAUGCCGGUUGCGUUCUGCUCUGGAUGCAAACGAGGCUCUGGAACGGAUCCCAUUCGCAUCCAGAGGUACCACUGUAUAUGGUUUUCAAUGUUGCUUUGCAUCCAGAAGGUCCCAGGUUCAAUCCCAGCCAUCUCCAGCAAGGGCUGCGAAUAUGCCCUCCCUGAAACCCCAGAGAGCCCUUGCUAGUCAGUGCACACAAUACUGGAUUAAAAUGGAUCAGUUGGUAUAAAGCAGCUUCCUAUGUCUGUAUGGAAGGCAGUCUAUAAAUGUAAAUACAGUAAGCCAGCAACUUGCACACAUUUAACUUGUGCACAUUCAGCUUGGGGUGGGGCAGUGAACAUUAAAAAGGGGCGGCACGGGAGUGGGAUUCCAGGAAAAAUGACUUUGGUAAUCCCCCCCCCCCCCCGCCACUGAACCCAAUGGGUUUUAACUAUACACAAUUUGGCUUUAGGAAUAAUCCCUAGAAUGUUACCCCUGGAUAAGUUACUGGCUUACUGUAAUACAUAUGUACAUACAUCCAGGUGAUUUUUUUUCUGGCACUGUCCCUUACUCUGCCCCUCCCCGCUGUGACUUAUCCUCAUUAGCCUUCCUUUAAUAGCAGGCCCACCUAUGUAUCGCUAUUGGAAAGAAACCCUCAACAAAUUAGAUCCAAACGCUCCGUCAGAGGACACUGCCAGGAUGGUUGAAACUACAGCUUAUGCCUUGCUUGCCACUCUAAUGCAAGGAGACCAAAUCUACGCUACUCCAAUCAUCAGGUGGUUGUCGGAACAACAGAGAUAUGGCGGUGGAUUUUACUCCACACAGGUACUUCCCUGCAAUAAAUAAAUGACCACAGGGUGGUCAUUAUUCAAAGAACUGUCUUCUUCCAUGUCUGCAAACCAUUUAUGAAUGUCGUUGGAGGCCUUGCAACAAGCCUUUUUGCCCUCAGAAGCACAAUUGGUUGGUGAAGAAAGUCCUUCACACAGAGCAUAGUUAAACUAUGGAACCCACUCCCACUGGAGGCAGUGAUGGCCACCAGUGUAGAUGGCUUUAUAAGAGGAUUUGACAAAUUCUUGAAGGAGAAAGCUAUCAGUGGCUACUAAACAUGAUGGUUGUGCUCUGCUUCCAUGGUUAGAUGCAAUAAUGUUCCUGAACAUCAGUUGCUGGAAACCACAGUAAAAGGAGAGCGCUGUUGUGCUCAAGUCCUGCUUGCAGGUUUCCCACAGGCAUUUGGUUGGCCACUGUGAAAAUCAGAGGCUGGACCAGAUGACCCAGCAGACUCAUCUUAUGUUCAUAUGUGUUUUCAGUAGCAGCACCAAGGCUGUGGUGCGCUCCAUUGCUUUUCAGCCAGAAUAUAUAAAAAAAUGAAAAAAUUGUCCAGUAGCACCUUAGGUAAAGGUAAAGAUACCCCUGACCAUUAGGUCCAGUCGUGGAUGACUCUGGGGUUGCAGUGCUCAUCUUGCUCUAUAGGCCGAGGAAGCCGGUGUUUGUUCGCAGACAUCCUCCGGGUCAUGUGGCCAGCAUGACUAAGCCGCUUCUGAAUAGCGCAUGAAAAUGCUGUUUACCUUCCUGCCAGAGUGGUACCUAUUUAUCUACUUGCACUUUGACGCGCUUUCGAACUGCUAGGUGGGCAGAAGCUGGGACCAAACAACAGGAGCUCACCCCGUUGUGGGGAUUCAAACCACCAACCUUCUGAUUGGCAAGCCCUAGGCUCUGUGGUUUAGACCACAGCGCCACCCGUGUCCCUUAGCACCUUAGAGACCAACUAAGUUCUUCAGAUACCUGAAGAAGUGUGCAUGCACACAAAAAGUAUCUAAAGAAGUGUGCAUGCACAUGAAAGCUUAUACCCAUAACAAACUUACCGUAUUUUUCGCCCUAUAGGACGCACUUUUUCCCCUCCAAAAAUGAAGGGGAAAUGUGUUUGCGUCCUAUGGGGCGAAUGCAGGCUUUCGCUGAAGCCUGGAGAGCGAGAGGGGUCGGUGCGCACCGACCCCUCUCGCUUUCCAGGCUUCAGGAAGCUAUCCGCAAGCCUUGCAAGCCCGGCGGCCCCAUUUUUAUUCUCCAUUUGAGAAGAACAGUCAUGGUGACCUACUUUCAGGAUUGUUGUAAACACUGCUGAGAUAUUAUAUGGGUAGCAUCCCAAAUGUCCCUUUACAGAUACCCUUAGGUCUGUUUCAUUGCAUAUGCAUAUUGUGUAUGGUAUCUACAACUUGUUCUUAAAAAGAAAAGAAAAGAAAAGAAUAGAAAAGAUGUGAGGUGUGAGAAAGACCCUUCUCCCCCUGUGGCCCUGCUGAUCUGCUCCUACACCUGGGCCAGAUGUACAAGUAACCUGAUGGAUUAUAAAAUAUCCUACAGACGUUCUUGUUAUCGUGCAUUCAUAAUGAUUUGUCUUCAUGAUGAUAUCAGGGGCUGUUAUAUGCAAACCUACAUUGUGCCUGAAAAAAUUUGAGGCGGACAUACGGUUUUGUACAUGUUUUGUUCCCUAUCAUUCCCCAUCAUUGGGACCGCUUCUCCUCGUAUGCCCCACGGAGGACCUUACAGUCCACAAAUAAUAAUAUCUUGGAGGUUCCAGGCCUCAAGGAGGUUAAACUGACCUCAACCAGGGCCAAGGUCUUUUUAGCUUUGGCCCCAGCUCGGUGGAGCGCCCUAUCACAGGAGACCAGGGCCCUGCGGGACUUGACAUCCUUCCGCAGGGCCUGCAAGAUGGAGUUGUUCUGCCUGGCCUUCGGUCCGGGCCCAGUUUGACCCCCCUCUAUGGGACCCUGUAAAUUACCUCUUUGCCUCUUUUAUUGGCUCAUGUGGGACCAACAUGGAUAGCUGACCCUGAUGAAUACUUGAGGUUCCCAACCCCUGUGGUUGUAAUUUGUGAGCAAUCAUUUCAUUUUAUCCUGAUUCUAAUAUUUAAGCUGCAUUUUAAUCAGUUGUUUGAUUGUGUUUUAAUAUAUUUGAUAUUUGCCGCCCUGAGCCUGGUCUUGGUCAGGGAGGGAGGGGUAUAAAUAAAAAGUUAGUUAGUUACUAUUCCUCAGCUUCUGUCAGGGAACUGCCAUCAGUGCCGGAGGGAGAGAGCAAAAUCCAGAGGGAUUCCAGAGAGCGUCCCGGGAUUGGGAGAGGCAGCCCAUCUUCUGGGGAAGAGAAUCAGCGUAGCACCAGUGGAGAAGGGGGGCAGAUGGGGGAAGCGGCGAGGCGGUCCCAUGACUCCUUGCCGGGGACCAGCGGGGAGAGUAGAGGUCCUCCGCUGCCUACGCCCUCCUUGCGCAGAAGGCUUCCGCGCAGAGAGAGUAGGAGGAGACUAGGCGUCAAAGAGCUUCUUUGCUGGAAGAAGUUUAAGAAACGCCCACUGACGGAUUCUGCCAGCGAUUGAGACAGCCACGGGUGAGUGGCUGUCCGGACAGAAAAGGUUCACUCAGGCAACCCAGCCAGGUGUUUGCACCGGCUUACGCACGAGCAACCCCUAGAACCAUUACAGCUUCCUAGUAAAAUCCUCCUUCCUGUUGCAGUUUAUUAUGUUCUGCUUUUGUUACACUUUAGUGCAAGAAUUAUUCUAUAAGCAGUAAUAAUGUAGCAACAUUGGGACAGCAUCACAGAACUACUAAAAAAGGGGAAGAAUGUGUGGACGGUCCAGUAUAAAUCCAUGGCUAGUGCACAAUACUUACAUCAAUGACAUGUUGCAGACUACUCCCGUGAAACUCCACCACCUGCCUGGACUGGCCCAAAGACAGCUUUCCUUUUAUCCCAUGCAAUUGUCUGGCUAAAAAUGCCUUGUGCUCCCAAGCUUUUAAUGAACAAUAAGUGUUUUUAUUGCCUUUAUAGUUUUGCUGAUUUUUCACAUUGUGUUGCUGUUUCCUCCUUGUUAGUAUGGUAGCACUGUGCUGUUUUUAAUUGUAUGUUGCCGCGGGAAUAUUUGGAAAGGCAGGACAUAAAUGUCUUAGUUAAAUAAAACCUGGCUAUGGUUCAGCUCCUAAUUCCUAACCCCUUGCUGUAUUUGACAGGACACAAUCACUGCUCUUGAAGCCCUGACCGAAUAUUCCAUCCUCGUUAAGCGGAUGACACUGUUCAUGAACAUCAAAGUGGCCUACAAGAACCAUGGGGAUUUUCAUCAGUACAGGCUUACAAAAAACAAUUAUGUUGGCAGGUCUGUGGAAGUAAGUGUAUGAAUUAUAAAUAACAAGAAACCAGGACCCAAGGUACUUGCAAGAACCAACCUGUGGUAAUCCGUGGUCCAGGAAUAGCUAGCCUUCCUUUUAGAAAACGCCAUAACAUGUGUUCUCCACUGGUUAAUAGUUAGAUGUUAUUUUCUAUAGUAACCUGCAAUUCCAAUGAGCAGUCAUCUUAAGUCCUGACUAUGGAAUAGUUAUUUAUUUCAUAAAAUUUAUAAACCACUUAAUUGUAAAGAAAAACCUAGAGCAAUUUACAAAUCAAAUAAAACAAUAACAUUGCCUAUUGUUAUUAGAUCAUAUUAAUAAAUGGCUGUUUAAAAACAGCUAUUUAAAACUUUCAAAUAAUAAUUAAAAUCAGUGAUGCUAAAAAAACACAACAGAUUAAAAUAUUUGUAAACAUUCUUCAUAUCUGGUUAGGCUUGUCUAAAUAAAAAUGUUUUUUGCAGGUUUUAGCAAAAGAGUAUAGGGAAGGUGCUUGCCUGGUGUCAAUUGGCAGGGAGUUCCAAAGUAUGAGUGUGCCACACUAAACAAUGGAUUUCUUACAACAUUAAGAUGGAAUCAUUAAUCCUUAGGGACCCUUUUGAGUGCCUUCCUUGAAAGGGCCUAAUAGAUCCAUUACUGAACAGGCAGUAGCAUAUCUGAAUGUUGUAAUAUUUCUUAGACCUGCUACCUGCUAUAACUGUUAACUCUUAACUUUGUUCCCUUUGUUCUUCUGAGGCUAUGAUUUAGUAUUUUUAAUGGGUUGUAUCCAAUAUCCAUGCGGAGGCUGCUGUUGGGCUGAUAAACGAGGCAGGGCACACUCUUGAUGUGAUCUUUGCUGCAAGUGAGUGGCUCCCAUGUCUGAGAAAUUGAUCCGUUGCCUACCUGGAUGGGGUUGCACUCAACUUGAUAAUGAAACAGUCCAAAUAUUAAGCCAAAUCAUAAUCUUUGUUUGACUUCCCAUGCUCUUAGGUUGGAGGAUUGCGAUCAUCUCUCAUUUGCACUGCUUUCUUAAUUAGUCCAGGUGGUUCCCACCUAAUCCAAUGUCAAUCCUUCAUUCAUUUUCACAGCCUCUGAGUUCGUCCAGCAAGCGAGUUAUAUCAAAACGAUAUGUUUCUGUGUGGGUGAUUAUUUUCAUCUAUGUCUUUCGCUAUUGAUUCUUCAUCAUGCCUGUAAUUAUCCCUGUGACAUGUCCCAAAAUGGAGGAAAUCUGGCUUUCUGCCAAUUAUUCCAGGCAUAUGUCCAAACCUCUCCGUUUCAUCUCAUACCAGAAAAGAUAAGCCCGUACUUUGGUUAGAAGCCUUGGUUCCCAUCUUCUGCUCUUGACACCCCCCUUUCUGUUCCGACAUACCAGUCCAUAAUAAAGAUAGUCUCUCUUCCACUGGAAUCCUUUAACUCCCCAGUCGCUGAUCAGUUAGCAGAGUAGUUUAUCUCCCCUCACUAAGAGCAUGCCCAUGAAUUAAGUCCGAAUUAUCAUCUUAAAAACAGGAGUUCAUUCGCUUGCUCAUGGCGGCGACUUUGGAAAGUUGCCAAAGAGACCCAAGGUGUUUUCCACCCAGUGCCACCUGCCCCCUCAUGUUGGGGGCAAGUGUUGGUCGAUCUGCAGGUGAAGCUGCCCCUACGGUCCUGGGGUGGGGGGGUUGGAAGGAUGAUUACUCCCAUCUCAUCCUCAAAAUAUCCCGUGCGAAAUGGCUCAGCCAUGGCAAGCCAAACUGGAAGUCAGAAUUGACACUUCUACAGGUGCCACAUAAAACCCGUUCCACAUUUAUAAGAACUUGAUUGUUUUGUAUGGCAGCACCUGCACUUUGGAACUCCCUGCAACAUUCUUCUUUAGACAAACCUACCCAGAGGCUUAGAUAGUUGAGGUAAUUUAAAUCUGUUUUAGUAUUUUAACUUUUGUAUGUUUUUAAGUAGGGUUGUAAAUUUCUCUCAAUGUUAUUGUUUUAUCUUUUUGUAAACCUUUUUGAGUUUGUUUGUUGUUGUUUUUUAACAACCAAGUAGCAUAUAAAUUUUAUGAAAUAAAAAUGUUAGUCCUGCUCAGAGUAGACCCAUUGAAACUGGUGGGCAUUACUAAUUCGGCUACAUUAAUUUCAAUUGGUCUGCUCUGAGUAGAAUUUAGUUGGACACAGUACUACAAUUUGUACUUUCUUUAAUGGUUGGCUGACUGUAAUAGAUGUUUGGCUGGGUUUUAAUCUUUUUCAAAAUGGCUUUGAAAUGCCUUUUGAAUCACCAUCCCUUCUGUUUCCAAUGUUAAAAUGCUGAAUUGCUGCUGCUUAUGCUGCUGUGGCUAAAACAGCACCACUAGGACUGGGGGAGAAAUUUGGUUUGGUUCGCAUUUAAAGGCAAGCCUACCUAAUUUGCCCUUUCUGAGAAUGCAUGAACUGAAGCACAGCCAAAUGCAUGUACUGGGGUCAAGUAUGCAUAAAAAUGGCAUAUAUUAGUUCAAUGCAUUUUUGUAUGUUAUUUUAUUUAGGAAAAUCGCUUUGCAAAAAUGUGUGGCUAUUAGGCAGGACCAGAUACAAAUAUAUGUCUGUUAGAAGUAAUUUGCAUUAAAAUUUCCUGAUGAAUUAUCACGAGGACUUUUUUUUUUAAGCCCACACACUUAAUGAGGAUCUAAUUUACACUAACAUCACUUUCUGCAUUUUUUUUUUACGUAUCCAGGCUCCUUUGAAUGAUGACUUAGAGGUUCGCACAGGCAGCAACACCGGCUUAGCAACAGUGAAUGUACGUGAAUUAAGCAUUUUGGGUCACUUCCAGAUGACCUGUUUGCUGAGGACUCAUCCUGAUUAGUUUGCAGGGAGAAUUGGCUAUUUAAUGAACAUGUGUUCUGAUUUGUUUUGGGUGGGGGAGGUUAGAUUACCAUGUGCCAAAUCAUGCGUAAUCCCAACUUUCCCAGUGCAUUUCCCAAUGCCUUGUUGAAAAAAGUCUGAUAUUUUGGAGGAAGUAGGUUUGUGAUGGAAGGCCUCUCCCUGAACUAUAAUUGUGAAACGUGAAUUUGCUGGUAAUUUAUUUGAACCCCAUCUGAAAACAGUGAGAGUCUGGAAGCACCUAUAGAAAGUGGGCUCCAGAGAGCAACCUAUUGGACCUAAAUACUGUAAAUGAACUGAAUUUAUUUAGGUAAGACUCUCAUCCAUGAAUAGAUUGCUUUAGAAGUUCACUCUUCAUCAGGUCUGAGAUUUUCACACAAAUUAUGGAUAGAUAUGGAUGUCAAAUACUUGGCUGGUGAGUUCAAACUCUCUUAAAAUGUAACUUGAGUUCUGUUUUGUUUUAAAUCUGGACUUGUACAGGUGAGGAGCGUAUAUUAUAAGAUCAGCACCUCUGAAGAUAUUUGUAACUUUGAGCUGAAGAUUGCUAUCAAGUCACCAUCUGGUGAGAAAGUAAUAAUUUCUGUUUUAAAGUGUUUUGGAUUAUGCUUUUAUCAUAAGCCACCCAGACAUCUUUUGUCUAUAAGCAUCAUAAAUAAAUGAAGGUAUGGGGGAAAUAAAAUAAUUCAUGAAGAGACAGGAGACAUUUCAGAGUUUGGACCUGGUAGCCCUGUACUUUAAGGUGGUCGGUUGCAAGCAAGGUCUUCUGAGUUUUGAAUUGAAUUUUAAAAUUUGUAUCUUAACCUUUAUCUGAAGAACUCAGGGUGGUUCUUCUGUACUCUUUCAUCAAACUGUGAAGAAGAGGGGAUUUUGCUACAAGCGUCUUUUCUCAUGUUGCUUGCAUGAAUAAGUUCUUUUUUCUUAUUCAGACUAUUUCUAUAUGGCUUAAUAUGUAAUAAGGUAUCUGAACAGUGUGCAGAAAGCUAAAAACUAUGAUGUUACAAAAAUACACAAUAAAGCAAUUAAUACAAAUUAGUAAUGAAUAGGUACAGACAGCGUUUCCGUCUUCUUUUAACACACCUCUCCACCCAACACCUCUCCGCCAUCCACCUUGGCUCUCACCCAUGGCCCAAAGAAACUCACCGAUCACCCGUUCCAAAUUCUCACAACGAAAAAGCUUCCCAGAAUCUGCUGGCAUCACCCUAGUCUCUCCCUAUAGGUUUGCUUUUAUGGGCAGGCACCAAGGCAGAAGGUGCUUCCUCAGGCUGCCCACAGCUGUGUCCCAUUCAGCUGGGUGAAUUUCUCAACGAGUCCAAAAUAUGGUAAAUCUGACACCCAUCUGCUCACCUUUCUCUGAUCUCUGUACACCUCUCCUGUUCCAGGAGCUGUACCUAUCUCAAUUUCUUCUGCCGAUCUGUUGGUGGUAUAGAAGCCUAUUCCUAAUUUGCCAGUGAUCUCCUGACCCUAAUUUGAAAUUUAGGGGGGCUGUGGGGGAUAACAUUCCAAUAGCACUUCCUUUUUAAAAUGGGAUUUGGUGUCCUCAACUCUGCAUUGGAGGAGUGUAUUUGUGUUCAAAUGCCAUAAAUCAAGGCUAGGAAACCUAAGGUCCCAGGGCCAAAUGCAGCCCAGCAGGCCUCUCAGCCUGGCCCUUGAGAUUCUCUCCAGGUCACACCUUUAUUGAGGGGGGUUGGACUCCAUAAUCCUCAGGGUCCCUCCCAACACUACAAUUCUAUGAGUAUAUUCUGUGAGUGUUUUGCCAGGUUUGAAGGUGUCCUUGAAUUCUGAUAGCUCUUUCUGCUUGCCUGAAUGAAGGUGUGUGAAUAUGUGUAGAACAUACCCUAAUGUGCAAAAGUAAAAUUUUAUAUUUGUUGUUCCACUCACUUUUGCCUUGGCCUGCCACCUAGCACUGCCAUGUGGCCCCCAAAAUGAUGUCCAGAUAGGAAUGUGGCGCUCAGGAUGUAAAGGGUUUCCCCACACCUGCCUGAGUGAUUCUGAAAUCCUGGUUUGAACUGUAGGGCUGUAUAUUAUUAUUAUUAUUAUUAUUAUUAUUAUUAAUAAUACCCUGCCCAUCUAGCUGGGUUUCCCCAGCCACUCUGGGCGGCUUCCAACAAAAUAUUAAAAUACAAUAGUCUGUUAAACAUUAAAAGCUUCCCUAAACAGGACUGCCUUCAGAUGUCUUCUAAAAGUUUGGUAGUUGUUUCUCUUUGACAUCAGGUGGGAGGGCGUUCCACAGGGCGGGUGCCACAACCGAGAAGGCUCUUUGCCUGGUUCCCUGUAACUUGGCUUCUCGCAGUUAGGGAACCACCAGAAGGCCCUCGGCGCUGGACCUCAGUGUCUUGGCAGAAUGAUGGGGGUGGAGACGCUCCUUCAGGUAUACUAGACCGAGGCUGUUUAUGGCUUUAAAGGUCAGCACCAACACUUUGAACUGUGCUCAGAAACGUACUGGGAGCCAAUGUGUUGUUGUUGUUGUUGUUAUUUUAAAAAAGCUCAGACUUUGGAACUAAUUAGUUUCCUCCAGUUGAGUGUACAGAACCAGGACUCAGGGUUGUUGUAACCAUUUAGGAAUCUGUGUACUGGACAAUGGAUUUGAAACGCCUGGGUAAACACAUCCUGCUGUUGCAUUUGCAGAAAUGAAUAUCGACGGGACGAGCUCUUCCUUCAGCUACUUGGAUGAAGCAAAGCACUUGACGGCCUGUGCAAAGUAAGUCCAGAUGACCCAAGAGAGAGCCUGUCACUCUGUGUGCCAGUUGUCAGAAAUGCCAGGGUAGGGUGGUUGGGAAACAAGUGUCUUAUUUUGGAUUUGUUUAUGUACUUCUGAGUUUUGCAAGGGCAACACUGAGGCUAGAAAGGAAGAGGCUAACAGGCAGUGUGACCCUCUGAACUGGUUAUACAUCUUGGCUGUGAGUCCUGGAAGACCUGAUCCUUUCCUUGCAGGCCUUUCCCCACCUUGCCUGGGAGGGAGGGGCCGUGAAUGACUCCAGCUACAAAGGCUGAGGCUGCCGAACAGACUCUUGGGCUGGGGGUUUUCGUGUGGAAGGGGGCUGUUACUGUUAUUGAUAUUACUUUUUUGUAUCUUUAUUUUAGAGGUUAUGGUUUAUGUGAAAAUGUUUGAUGUGGCUGUGUACUUUUUGCUGUUUUAUUUAUUGCUUACGGCUAUUUUUGUUACAUUUGUAAUUACAUAAUCCACCCCCCAUGUUGUAAGGUGCCAGGUGCCUUGAGCAUGGUUUGAACUAUGGAAAGGUGGCAUACAAAUAAAAUGUAUGUGUGCAUGUAUGUAUGUUUGUAUAUAAGAAGGCAUGAAGUUGGGGGCUGGCUGAGGACUGGUCCUAAUACUAGUCUCCAUGUCAAAGGAGAACACAUGGAAGAAUGAUUGGCAGCCGUGGUGUGUGGUGAAAUAGUGAGUGGAGCCAAGAAUGCAUUACUUUUGCAGGGGGUGGGGUGGGGGUCUGUUGAGAAAGACAGGCAGUUAAACAGGAGUUGAAGAGAUGAAAAGAUGGAUUUAUAUACAAUUAUAAUGUUGGUGGUCAGAAUAGCUGUUACAGAAGGGUUAGGGAUAUUAGAUUGAUCCAUUCUUUUUCAGUAAAGGUAAAGGGACCCCUGACCAUUAGGUCCAGUUGUGACCGACUCUGGGGUUGCGGCGCUCAUCUCGCUUUAUUGGCUGAGGGAGCCGGCAUACAGCUUCCAGGUCAUGGGGCCAGCAUGACUAAGCCGCUUCUGGCGAACCAGAGCAGCGCACGGAAACACCGUUUACCUUCCUGCCAGAGCAGUACCUGUUUAUCUACUUGAACUUUGACGUGCUUUCGAACUGCUAGGUUGGCAGGAGUAGGGACCGAGCAACGGGAGCCCACCCCGUUGCGGGGAUUCGAACCGCCGACCUUCUGAUCUUAUAUGAUUGCUUAUUCUGGUUUUCAUUUUCCAUUUAGAUAUAUUUUUACUGUGCUACAUCCAUAUAAGUCUUACUCAGAUUGAAAUCUAUGGGCAUGACUAACUUCCUUCCAUUCAUUUCAUGGCCUCUAGUCUAAAACUUGUUUGGAUACAACACCACUGAUUUUUGAAUUCAUAGAUUUGUUCUAGUCUGGGGAACCUUUAGGGCUUUCUGCCACCCUCCAUGAAUUGGAAAUACAUCCAUUAAUGUGCCCAGUGUUGGACCUUGGCACACUUGUCAAGAACCAGCUCAGCAGGAUAAGUACAUGUGUCUCCCAAAUGCAGUAGGGCUGGCUAGCCAUAUUUUUUAAGUCAGCGUAACCGUCAAACCAGAGAGGAUGUAGCAUGGAGUGAACUUGUUGUCCUACAUGGAGUGAACUUGUUGAAAUUAAUGGUCAUGACUGAUUUGGGCCCAUUUCAGUAGGCCUUCUCUAAGUAGAAACUUAGUUACAUACAUCCCAAAUCAUCUAAGCCAGGGGGCCAUCAACUUUUUUGAGUGAGUGGGCGCAUUUGGAAUUUUCGUGAGUGUUAUGGCAGCAGUCACAAAAUGGCUGCCAUGGGGAGCAUGGCAUAAUAGCUUCCACAACUAAAAGAGCAGAGAAAAAGACAGGACCACAACAUAGUGCGGGUAUACUCCCUUUGCCCUGGCACAUACACCUGUCAUCUAUACGCUUCUCUAUUCAGAAUGAAAGAAGAGGGGUAAGUAUCUGAUUCUGGCAUGGAAGCUGGGUGUGUUUAAGUGGGUGUGUAUUCAAUGGAAGGGAUAGCUGGUAUUCAGAGGCAUAUUAGUAAUGAAUAGGUAGAGGAUGCAUAUUGGAACCAGAGUGGGAGAAGGUUGUUUUCUUUAAGGAAUCAGGGUCUUGUUCUGCUUUCACCCUGUAUAGGUACAAGCCUAUCAGAGGAGAACCUCAGUCUGCCUCCUCCCAUGCUGUGAUGGAUAUAUCUCUUAUCAGUGGAUUGGAAGCAAACACAGAAGACUUAUCUAUUGUAAGGAAGGUGGUCACCCCUGUUAAAUAAAUAACAACAUCAGGACAGCUCUGCUGGAUCAGGCCAAAGGCCCGUCUGGUCCAGCACUCUGUUCUCACAACAGCCAACCAGAUGUCCCAGUGGAAAGUCCCUAAGCAGAACCUGAGAUCUCCCCCCACUUGUGAUUCCUGGCAACUCUGACUCUGGAGGGAGAACAUGACCAUCGUGGCUGGUAGCUCUGCAGUCCUAUGCACCAUGUUGUCCUGGGGCAUUGUGAAAAAUUUAAAAUGGCAGUAUGUUGUCACUUUCCACUGGCACCGGGUAACCCCAAGUCUGGGGAUCCUCCAGUGUAAGAGGCGGUCCAUCGGGUGACCUCUUGACAAGGCCUCCCUCAAGCUGAAACCAGCCCAGUUCAGGUUAGAUUACCAGUUUAACAUGACAGCCAUUUCAUGAAAACAUGCAACCCAAUUCCACUCGCACCAUCAUAGCCUAUUUUUACGGCUUUCUGCUAUAGAUUCUGUGCUUUUUUUUCCUGGUAGUAUGCUCUAGUAUGCACUACCGACACCUUUUCCUGCCAGGGCCCAGUUGCUGCCUCUGCGCCCCAGGGCUGGCUGGAAUGCAAGUGUCCACUCCCCCAGGAGUGUGAGAGUGGGUGACACAGCAUGUGACAGAUUGCCCUGCCCUGGCUCCUGGCCACAUGUGCCCUGGUUGCCUCACUGGCAGAGCUCAUGAUGGUUGUGGCGGGCCGGGUGCAGGCACUGCCAGUGAGUACUGGAACCGUUUUUCCCUAGAAAGAAGGCACUGCAUAUGUUAAUAUAGUUGUUCUUGUGGUCACAACCAAAACUAGUUGCUGAAUUCUCUCUCUCUCCCUCUCCCUGCUCAGCUUGCGAAUAACAUUGACCAGUUGAUUGCAAGCUAUGAGAUAACCAAUGGACAUGUUCUGGUGCAAAUAGACUCGGUAGGUUCUCUAUGGCUUCUCUGUCCUUUUCAUUAAAAUAAAAUGUUUCAUCGGUUAUUGUCAUUUUCCAGUUCUUCUAUGCCAGGGCUGGAUCUUCUCCUAAUUCUUAUAAUCAACCAGUAUCUCAGAAUUAUCCACCAAGUUGUGCAACUGGUGUAGAGGGAAACUGAUUUGGGCAUAAACAUAAGUUUUUGACUUUUUAAAGUGUUUUUUUGGAUAAGGCUGGUCCACUUCCCAGUGGGUGGUGGUGCGGGCAGGCUACGUGGCCUCCGCACUCAGCGGGGGCUGGGCUAAGCCCCCUCGUCAUUAGGGAGCCCCGGCUGCAUCACGGCCCCCGGCCAGCCAAUCCAGUUGCUGGGAGGCAUGGCUUGCCCCUUUUAAGCAGUCGCACGGCCGGGGGAUCCCCCCUUCUGGUUCUGGCUUCCGUGGAUCUCCCGCCCUCCCGCCCUCUUUUCAUGUGUUCGUCAUAUUGGCCUUGCUAUGGACCUCAGUUGGUCGCCGUUGAGGGGCCUGGUAGGAAUUUUUCCACUUGGCAAAUUGGCACUGGCCAUUUGGUUUUCGCCCACCUCGUAGCAAUCGUCACAACUUUUGUAAGGUUUGGCUGUGAGGCAUUGGUAAAAACCUGGUUUGGGGGAGGGGAGGUGUGGCCAUCACCUGCCCCUCCAUUUUAAAGGGUAUUCCAUUAAAGGAAGCCGGGGGUUGUGGUUCCUGUCCGAAGCCCAGGUGGAGGUUAGGGCCAUGGCACGACCUUCCGGUGACCCUGGGGGGAGCUCUGAGUUGAUGUACAUCAGGGGUGGACAACUCCCAAGAGACUGUGAUCUACUCACAGAAUUAAAAACUGGCAUUGAAUCUACCCCCUUUUUGGGGGUUCAGGUCAAAGUUAUUGAGCUUUUUUAGGUAGGAGGAAAGCACAGAUUUUUGUGAAUUCAAGCCUAAGCUCAAGGGAGAAAGAGCUUACUCACUGAGUAAACUCCAUCUUCCGUUCUGCAGCUCAUGCAACAAUGGAGGGCAGGGCCGGAUUCUAUUUUACCAAUGCUAAGGAAAGGGACCCAGUGAUUGACCACGAUCUACCCGGGGAUCUACCAGUAGAUCAUGAUCGACCUGUUGGACAUCCCUGAUGUACAUCAACAGGGCUCCCCCUACUGGUGGUUAACCCUUGUGAGACUUCCUGCAUGACGGGCAGGAGUCAGAUAUAGUCGGUUCAGUUCCAAUGCCUAAGCCAAUACCACUCACAUUCUGUAACCAAUAAAGUUGUGGCCUAAAUUUUGCCCAUUGACCCAAUAUGCAGUGUCCACAUGUUAUUAUUCAACAUAAGGGGGAGGCCUCGCGACAUUGUUUUACCAGUCUGGUGUUUGUUGCUUGGGAGGAAGGGUAGUAUUGACUUGUAAAUCAUUGUUAUUAUCAUUAUCAUCACCAGUGUAUUAUUAAUAAUUAAUUAUGAUCUGUUAUGCCAGGUUUCCAAAUCUGCAUAGCGCAUUCUUUCAGGUAUCAAAGAAGGGGAAUAGAGGAAUGAGUUUUUCUGGGCACUGAGGCAUCUUUCCUAACCAGUGAAAACCAAUGGCUAGAAACUUAAAAAAUAAAUUAAAAAUGUGCCAACGACUGAGAUACUUGAGGCCAGACUACAAUGUGAUGCAAGCUGGCUAUGACCGGAUAUCCCAGUAUUUUCCAUCUUUUACUCAAAUACAGCUGCAGUUUGUGUUCCAAAUUGCAGUGGCAGCGGGAGAGGUGUUUAGCUCUGCCUGAUUUGCACAUAAGUCAGACCAUGGCUUAGUGCAAAAUGUGUAGGCUCUAGAAGAGAAGAUCAUGGCCACUUUGCUUCUCCCUGGUCAUUUUGCUGCUUGCACUAUUAUGCUGAGCUGAGCCAUGGGAAGGUCCAUAGCUCAGUGGCAGAACCACCCAGAGUGGUUGGGGCAACCCAUUCAGGUGGGUGGGGUACAAAUAAAAGUAAUAGUAAUAAUAAUAAUAAUAAUAAUAAUAAUAAUAAUAAUAAUAAUUUUUUUUAUUUAUAUCCCGCUCUCCCCAGCCGAAGCUGGGCUCAGGGCGGCUAAUAACAAUAAAAUAAUACAACAUUCUAAAAUCAUUUCAUUAUAAAAUUAAUUCAAUUCAAAUUGAUGGCAACCAUUAGGCUAGAGUUCUGUGAAGAUUGCCAAAGGAGGGAGUCAGGCUGUGCCCUGACCAAAGGCCUGGUGGAACAGCUCUGUCUUGCAGGCCCUGCGGAAAGAUGUCAAGUCCCGCAGGGCCCUGGUCUCUUGUGACAGAGCGUUCCACCAGAUUGGGGCCACAGCCGAAAAAGCCCUGGCUCUAGUUGAGGCCAGCCUAACCUCUCUGUGGCCUGGGACCUUCAGGAUGUUUUUGUUUGACGUGCCAUAAAUCAUAAGACAAACCUUGGCUACAGCAUGUGGUUAGUUUGGAGAGAGCUAAACCAUGACCCUGGGUUUGGACAACACACCAAGCCAUUGCUUAGCUCAGCACUAACCAUUCAGAGCAGAUUUGGGGAGGGCGCUGUGAUGAGGUUUCAUUGUACGAAUGGAAAUCCUUAUACUAAUGGAAAGAGUGAUUUGGAUACUGCCCUGUGCUUGUAGGGAGGAUGUUUGUGUGGAAUUAGUGGGGGGGGGGCACAGUGCCCUGCAUGGUGUCACCUUUUUGCCACACACCACAAGCAGAUUUCAUUGAUUUUUUUUUUUUUUUGCAGGGGCUAAAUUUACAUUGCUUCCCCAUGACUGUUUUGCAUGAAUGAAAUUGGGCUCUCUGGACUUACAAUGCAAGGAGAUUGGGGGAAGAUAGGCCCCAUGGCUGGGGGGAAAUUCCUCAAGUCAAUCCAUCCUAACUUGUAUUCUGUUUCCAAUAAGAUUCCAGCAAAUGAAUUUCUGUGCAUUGGGUUCCGAGUAACAGAAGUAUUCCGUGUUGGAAUGGCAAGCCCAGGAAGCUUCACAGUGUAUGAAUAUCACACCCCUGGUAAGGAGACAGUUCCUCCAAGCCAGAGCUUUCCAAACUGUGUGUCACGACACGUUAGUGUGUCGGCUGCAGUGUGUAGGUGUGUCGUGCGAAUGCUCCCUGCUCUUCUACUGGGGCUGGAAAGGGGUUAGUUUGUGAAAUAUACUCGGAAUCGAGCGUGGAUUUCAUGCUCUUUAUUCAGCUCAUAGUAGCAAGGAAUGGAAGUUCCCCCAAAAUGCCUGCUUUAUAUACAUUAUUUACACAAUGGGCCCCACAUGAUUGGCUAAUUCCGGGAUUCUCCUGUAGGCCAAUCAGGUUGCGGAUUCACUUCCACCUGGAGCUGGAUUGGGUGGCUCCUGCGGACCAAUCAGACUGCUGCAUUCUGGAUCCUAUUGUUCUAGGACCAAUCAGACUGCUGCAUUCUGAAUCCUAUUGUUCUAGGACCAAUCAGACUGCUGCAUUUUGGAUCCUAUUCAACUCAGUACAUAACAGUUUAGUUUGCUAGUAAAACUGAAUUACUGUGUCGCGAAAUGAUGCAUGCCUAAAAAGUGUGUCACCAGCAUGAAAAGUUUUGAGAACUCUGCCCUAAGCAAUGGACCAUCGCUCUAUGGCAGUAUAUAGCAGGCUUUGGGUGCAAGAGGUCCAAAUUUCAAUCCAGGCAGGUCUUAGAAGGACCUCUUUCUGAAGACCUGGAGGACCACUGCCAUUGAGUGUUGACAGUGCUGGGCUAGAUGAAGCAGUGGUUUGACAGGGGAUAAGGCAGCUUCCCUCUGUUCCCUUUCCCCACUUGAUCUUCACAGCUGGACUUGUGCUAGUGCUUGCAUCCUUGAGCAGCUGCCAGGACUCUGGCAUCUUAGGAGGGUCCAUCAUUGAUCCCUGCCCUGAGCCCUCCCGGAAAUAAAAUUGCCUGGCCCAGCCCUCCAAGCAGCACGAGGUGACUGGGCUUAGCUGUCAUUUUAAUUUCCCACAAUACCCUGGAGCAACACUAUAUAGAGGAUAUUACCGGGAAUGGGGGCUGCCCCUAGCCACCUGGUGCUGCUUACACCAGUGCUGCCUGCGCUGGGUAAGACCAUCAGAGGGGCAUCCCAAGGGCACUUGAGCCACACCUCUGUCAUGUCUGAAGCCAGUCAUGCACCAGUCAGAGUGGUGUGAUCUCCAGGACCAAAUGUGACAUUACAUUAAUUGCACGAAUGCAGUUAAUUACACAGGGUUCUCGGUUAUGGAAAUAGUUGCUUUGAAGAAGUCGGUGUGGCCAUGGAGCUGUGGGGUGGGGGAGUUGAAUUCUUUCCCUCUUUGUCAUGAUCUCAACAAAAAUCUCCUCUCUCUAGUUGUUUGCUUUUCAUGGGAAGCAACUCCCUUUGGUGUCAAGAGGAGUUUCCCCUGAAAUGCAAACAGUAGCUUUGAAGAGGUGAGAGAAAAACUCCCCUUAGCCACACCACACUACUCCAAAGCUGCUCAGGCUUUGCAUCUGCUGCUGUUUACAUACCAAAAGACACAUGUGCUAAUUGCAGUCAUGUCCACAAUUUCACAUCUUAUUUGGUCCUCAUUAAGGCUCCGAUUUCUUUCUGAGUUUCUCAGUAGAAUUGCUCUGUAUUCUUGUUUACAUCUUGGCUCGUGGGACUUUGGCAACCACCAACCUCUGUCUUUCUGAAACUUUGAUUUCCCACAGAUAAACAGUGCUCUGUAUUUUACGAUCCUUAUGGAGAAGACUCACUCGUAAAACUCUGUGAAGGGGUAGAGUGCAAAUGUAUGGAAGGUAAAAAUGUUUUCCUGCAAAUGGGGAUGGAAUAAUUUGCCAGCUUUAGUUCUCUCUGUUUGAUUUUUCCAGUCUUCAGUUCUCCACAUUUCUGUAGCAAUUUGCAAAUUUUCCUUAAAAAAACCCUAAUAAAAUUUCUUCAACAUUUCUUCCAAUAAACAAUUUUUUAAUCAGUUUUGACUAAUAUAUUAGGAGAAAUGGCUUGCAGAAUGCCUUUUUGUAUGUUAUUUUCACUAAUAUAUUCAUAUUUGCGCACAUGUUCCCCUAAAACAUAAAAAUAUUGUUUGGAUGUAGAACAGCAUAGCAAAUUUCAGAUAAGUGCACAUUUUGAGGGUGGUCGUGUUUUGGUUCUCAUAUUGUUUUGGAAAGUGCAAAUUUGAUAAAUUCGGCUUUAAAUAAGAAUGGAAUCAAAUCUCUCCCUCACUCUACAUGCAAGUAAAUUUCUACUGACUUCAGUGGAACUCACUUCCCAAGUGACAUUGCUGCCAGCGUUUAAAUUGCUAAUAUAUUACAGGAUCGUGCAGUGUGACUCAUUGCAUUGAGGGCCUUAGUGUGAAAGUGUUUCCAGCUGUUAAUAGGAAUUUAUAAGUGUGAGCUACAACAAAAUGUUCCAGCCAGCCACACUAACCUUCAAGCCAUUCCAUUCUGUUCCCCUCCCACAAUAGUAAUUCAGAAUUCCAUGGCUGCUGAGGUUGCUCAGCCUUAUUGGGCUGUUUUUUGAGUCCCCUGCCCUUUGCUUUGUAGGAAGAAUUAAAGGAUUCUCUUGGUUCGCUGAACUGGAACAACUUAAGCAGAAAUUGGGGCGGGGGGAAGGAAGUUGGAACAAGGCAAAAAGUUUCUCCUUGUGCUAUUUCUCUGUUUUGCUCAAACAUAGCCGAAUGUGGCCGCAUGCAGAAAAGACUGGAUGGGUCUAUAAGUUUCAAUUCUCGGAAUGAAGUGGCAUGCCAGAAGGACAUUGCAUAUGGUAAGAUUUUGAGGGUUAGUGCAUGUUAUUCGUCCCCCCCCCCCCCAUAUUUACUUUCAGCAUUUUUACUCUGCCUUUUAACUCAGGAAGGUUUCAGAAAGGCAUAAUAAUAAUAAUAAUAAUAAUAAUAAUAAUAAUAAUAAUAAAUUUUUACUUAUAUCCCGCCCUCCCCAGCCGAAGCCCGGCUCAGGGCGGCUAACAACAAUAAAAUAAUACAACAUUCUAAAAUCAUUUCAUUAUAAAAUUAAUUCAAAUCAAAUUGAUGGCAACCCUUGGGCUAGAGUUCUGUGAAGAUUGCCAAAGGAGGGAGUCAGGCUGUGCCCUUUAAAAAUAGUAUGAAGGUAGCCCCUCCUGUCAGGCUCACAGUCUAAAAAUACACGACACACAAGGAGAAAGGAGUGGGAGGGAGGAGGGGAAAGCAAGCACAAGUUCUUCCAAGUUAUAGUUAUUAAAGUUACAGCCAGUGUCAGUGGUGGUUAUUGUGAUCUUGGGCUUGAUAAAGAACAGUCUCUUCCCUGAAAGCACCCUUCCUCCAUCAGAUCCAGGAACAGAACUGGUGCUAAUGACCAAGCCAGGAGCACAGGGCAGUUCGUCCCUCAGACAGCUGACUUGAUGACAGCUAGAAUCUGACCAGCAGGGCAGUGUUUUAAAAAGAAGCUGGAAUACAGGAUUAGACAAAUUCAUGGAGGAGAAGGCCAUCAAUGUCUCCUAGCCAUGAUGGAUAUAUUCUCCCUCAAGAGUCGGAGGCAAUAUGGGUUGCUGGGAAGUACAAGUAGGGAGAAUUCUGUUGCAAUCAGGUCCUGAUUGUGUGUUUCCCGUUGAGACUUGUGUGCUUGUCAUCAUGUCAUCCACUGUGAGAACAGGGUUGUGGGCUAGGGAAGAAUAGGAUUGUGGACUAGAUAGGCCUACAACCUGAUCUAGCAGGGCUCUUCUUAUGUUUGUGUAAUCAUGGUGCCAUGAAGCAGAAGAGGUACAGGCUGUGUCACAAAGAGACACAGUACCCUUAAGCACUUCCCCCUGUGAUCUCCCAGUCUGAGGAUGUGGGCCUUCUUACUUGACUCAAAGGCUGAAGGCUCCAGCUAGCUCCAGCUCUCUGCUGGACAACAUCCCCAACAGGAGUGAAUCCUUGAGCUAGUAGGGCCCACUGGGAACUGUCCAUGGUCCUGACUGAUCCAACCUUUGUUUAAAGAGACCUGACCAGUCUUAGCAUGCUCAGAAGAGGUUUAGCCUCUGUCCGCAUCCUUUGCGAGCUUCAAGACCUGUGGAAAAGUAUAUCCUGCACUCCAGAGCUGGUGUAAGAUUCUAGGUGGUGGUGUCUGGGUCAGCUUGUUCUAGGAGACCUUCCAUCCUGAUCUAGCAAGAUAAAAAUAAUUAUCAACUGAAUUAUUUUAUCUCUCAGUUAGGGCCUAAUGAUGCUCAGAACACCCCCCCCCAAUCAAAAAUGGGGAGAAUGUAAAGGAGUAACACUGUGGUUUGGAGAUGAGUACUAUAGUAUGAUACAGUGGCCUCAGAUUGUGCCUGAUAAUGUUUAAGAGCAAAUUAUGAGCAUGUUCAGAUCUCCAAGGCUGUUGGCAGCCGUAGUCUAGCAUCUUGAGGGCAACAUAUUGGCUGCCUCCGUUUUAGUGUGUUCUGGCAAGCAUGCAACAUGGAAAUCAGGUUCAGAUAUUGUAUAAUCUUACUGGCCAGUGAUUUUGGGACCCUCAGGUGCAGCCUCCCUCCCAUGUGAAAAAGGCAGGGUAUUAAAAGUACACAUUUUCUUGUAUUGCAUCUGAUUUUCUUGGAUACUCUGAAAAAUGUAGAAAUGGUUGCACUCUUAGGGUUUCAGGCUCCUCUGCUGGUCUUGGGAUUCUAUCAAAUGCCCAAAAUUUCCACACUCUGGAGAUGAUCUUUAAUUUUAUAUUUAUAUAAGUCAUCCUGUGUAAUAUUAAACUCAGGGCAGUUUGUAAUGCCAAUUAAAACAAUAAGAUGUGUGGACUUCCAGGAGAGAGGAAUAGUGAUUCGGCUGUCUCUCUGUUAGCUCCUGCUGACAGAAGAUAAUUAUGUAGUGAUUGAUAACAGUGAGACAGAUAGUCUGACUACUAAAUCACUCUGUAGUUAAGGGUGACCUGGGAGUUAACCAAUAAUUACUUUUAAGAGAGGACUCCAUAUUCUAUAUGUUUGAUUUUUGUAGUUGUUAUUUUACUGUAAUAUGAGGAAAUCUUAAUUAUUAUUUUUUUAAAAAAUCCCAAUAAGAUGUGCAAUAAAGCAAAUUAAAUCCUGUAAGCCAAUGGCCCAAAUACCAACUAAACCAACAGUGAACAUUAAAUGUCUAGUGUUUAAAAUUCAGCAACCUUUCAGCCCUUUUAAAUUUUUAUUUAGAAUACUUAUAUCCUGCUUUUAUAGCCCCAGGAGGCUCUCAGACAACUUACAAAAGACCCCCACAGCAAAAGUUGCGCUCAAACCUGGUUCAGGAAUAUAAGUAACAAGGUGCCAGGAUUAUUUAGGGGGCAUUUCCUGCCCUAAGGCUGGUCUUCAGACUAUAAAAAGAGCCCUGCUGGGUCAGUUCAAAGAUCCCAUCUAGUCCUUUCUCACAGUGGCAACCAGAUGCCCCAAAGGGAAGCCUGCAAGAUGUCCAUGGGGGAGUCCUGGUGUUGCCCUUUGACCUUUUCCUACUAUGCAUCAGAGCUCGCUCCUGUGGCAGUGGAGUGGAGCUGAACAACUGGAUCCUGCUCAGCCCACAUUGGAGGUAGUCCUCUUGUGACUUUAAAUACAAAACGUAAAAUACAACAUUUUAAAAUGCAAGCAAUUAUUUAAAAUUAAAAUUCCCAGGAGAACAAAAAUGACUUAACUGGACUUCCAUCAUCAGAUGUCACAGAUGAAAACAUGCUGUCUGCUAUUGAUGGUGGGAAUUGGUGAUAGCAGCCUUCCACCUCUGCUCAGAGAAAAUGCAGAGACUCUUACCGUCACUUUUAAUGAACACACUCAAGAAUGAACCUUUGUCCAGCACUGUUGUUGUUACUGGUUUAUUAUUAUUAUUAUUUCUCCUCUGUAGUCUAUAAAGUGAAUAUCCUGUCCUCCAAGCCAGAAGGAAGCUUUGUUAAAUACACUGCAACUGUCCUAGAUCUCUAUAAAAGAGGUGAGAGCAUUUGUUAUCAUGAGCUGAAAUGAUUCCAUUAAGAUACAACAGGAGCAGUGAACCCUGUGGCUUUCCAGUUAUUGUUGGAGUCCCAAUCCCCAUCAAGCCAAUGGCCAGAGAUUUGUUUGUUUGUUUGAUUAAAUUUCUAUACCGCCCUUCAUCCAAGGACCACAGAGUGGUUUACAAUAUAAAAACACAAAAACACAUAACAUAGUAACAACACCCUACCACCGUUUAGAAGGCCACAGAUUGUUUAACUAGCCAAAGGAAUGGUGGGAGUUGUCAUCCAGUAAUCUCAGGAACACAGAGCCUAGGGCUUGCAGAUCGGAAGGUCGGCGGUUCGAAUCCUGUGAUGGGGUGAGCUCCCAUUGCUCGUUCCCUGCUCCUGCCAACCUAGCAGUUCGAAAGCACGUCAAAGUGCAAGUAGAUAAAUAGGUACCACUCUGGCGGGAAGGUAAAACGGCAUUUCCGUGCACUGCUCUGGCUUCGCCAGAUGCGGCUUAGUCAUGCUGGCCACAGGAUCCAGAAGCUGUAUGCCAGCUCCCUCGGCCAGUAAAGCGAGAUGAGCGCCGCAACCUCAGAGUCAUCCGCUACUGGACUUAACGGUCAGGGGUCCCUUUACCUUUACUAAUCUCAGGAAGAUCCCCACCCUUCCCAAAGUGUUCCAUGAAGAGAGCAUGAACUCAUGGCCAUUUCCUUGUCUUUUGCCCCCAGCAGGUGUGGGAAACAUUUUUCACCCCAAGGGCCACCUUCCCAUCUGGGCAGCCUUCUGAGGGCUGUAUGCCAGUGUUGGGCAGGGUCAGAGGCAAACAUGAGCAGAACAACAAAUAUAAAUUUUAUCUUUAUGGUUCUGUCUUGCAGAAAUGACAGAACUACUAGCUGGCCUUUGGGCUCCUUCUAACCUCCUUCUAUUUUUACUCCAGGGGAGGCUUUUGCUCAGAAGAACUCAGAAGUCAUCUUUAUUAAAAAGAAUUCAUGUGUCGAUGUUCAGCUUAAUCCAGGAGAGAAUUACUUGAUCAUGGGGAAAGAGGCCUUGAAGAUAGGAGAUGGUGCCAAUGCCAAGUAAGUAACCUUGGAUUUACAGUGCAUGAUAUGUAAAGAAUAUGUUUGGGGCUUUUUUAAUUUAGAGAAAAGUUGAGGGUAUCUUAUGUAGGUGGGGGAGGGGAGAAACCUAAGUAGGGAUCCCAAUAAAUAGCCCAAUGAAGAGGGGGUGGGGAAUGGAGUAUUCAGGAAGAGAACAGGGCUAGCUGCUUAGAAACCUGAACAGGAUACUCCAUUCUACACAUUAGGAUUGUAGCAGCAAUAUUUGGGAUGAUGGGGAAGAGGUGAGGUGGUAAUAGUGUUAUUUUGGAGAUUACCCAAAAGUAUUCUUCACCUCUGCAUUGCAAGAGAAAGAGUUGAACCCAAUGUCAGACUAUUUCCAUUAUUUUCAAAAGGUCUACAGUACAGUACAGUACAGUUCAGUUGGCCACAACCCAAAGUAUUUCAGGGAGCAGUUUAAAGUUGGGUUGUUGUUGUUUUUUGGCAGACUGGGGUGAAGAGAGGAGGCGGAGAGAGCAACCAUUCAUUUCAAUGGGUCUUCUCUGAGUAGAACUUAAUUGGUGACAGCCUUUAAAAUGUAUAAAGUUAAAUGUUCAAUGGACAUCUCUCCUUCCAUAAUGUAUAGUACAGUUUUAGCACUGUGCCCUGAGCACUACCUACAGUAGAAAAUAGACAUGCAGGUUUUUAUUUAUUUAUUUAUUUAGUUAGUUAUGGUAAUAUUUUUAGACUGCCUUGUGAUGCAAAGAAGGCCCCCUACAUGGUGUAUGACCACCCUUGGAAACUAAUGAAAUUGCUAGAACAAAUUAAGCAUUAAAACAGAAUGAAUUUUUUUGCACCCGCUGAGUAUCUGAACACUCUUCAAAGACAGUACCGUGUAGUGCAUCUUGCAGUAGUGUAAACUGUAAAUGACCAAGACACGCAUCAUUGGCCAGAACCAUCAAAUUUACUUUAGCAGUUUGUGUUCCUUCCAUUAUUUCACUUAGUUUAAAAUGCCCCUUUCCUUCUCCCUUUUCUGUAGAUACCAGUAUCCAUUAGAUGCCAUGACCUGGAUUGAAUGGUGGCCUACUGACUCAUCUUGUGCUUUGUGCCACGACUUUGUAGAAUUAAUGGAGGAAUUUGUGGAAGAUCUCUUUCUCAAUGGUUGUUAAACUACCAAAAAACUUUUGUGAACAGUCUUCAGACUGAUCAAAGCUUGCCGGAACAUGUUUUUUCCUAUGGUUCUUCCCAGCCUUUUAAACAAGGAGAGCUGUAUCUGUCUACAUAUAAAAUAGCACUUAUUUUUCUAGGAAGUAUCUGAGAAUCCAGUUUUUGUGUGUUUAUAAUACAAUGAGCUUAAUAUAAGUGGGGGGGGGGAAGGUGUUGCAUGCUUCAGUACUGUGGACAAUGUAUAAUAUCCAAUACAUAAUACAUUGCCCAACAUGGGACUUGUCCACACUUCUGCUUGUCUCCUGCCUAGAUAGCAUAGGUCUGAGUGGUUCUUCCCUUGCCCUGCUCCUUACAUAGGGAAAGGCUGCUCUUUACCACUAAAUCAGAGCAAAAGUCAAUCUGGAGAAAACAAGGUUUGCCAUUUGCUCCGACUGAGUGCUAAAGAGCAGUUUUCCUCAGGGGAAGGCAGUGGGACAUGAGAAAGUGUGGAUGAGCCUAACAAUCCUAAUAAUUAUCCUAAUAAUUCACCAAGAAUCCAUCUCUAUUCCAUAUGUUUUCCUUCUGCAUUCAAAAGUUAUCACCAUUCAUAUUUUGUAUUUUGUUCUUUUGUUGUUGUUGCUAAGAAUAUGCAUUGCAGCUGUCUGGAGACAUUUUAAGCCAUUGUUGGUGUUUAGAAAAUAAAUGGGACUUAAAUCAUAA